GAACCCACAAUUUUCAGCUUUAAUUUUUGACAAGCUCCAAGUGCCUGAUUAUUUGCUGAAGAGCAGGAAUGAAGGAGAAAGCCGAUGUGAUAUCUGCGCCACUCACUUGAACCAGUUGAAGCAGGAAGCCGUCCAGAUGAUCCAAGCUUUCAAUCAAACCGGCAACCCAGAAAUUCUAGAUUGUCCCCGUUCUGUGCCUGUGGCUAGUGUUCUCCCGGGCCUAUCACCCCAGAAAAUGGUCACCGUUUCAUCUCAGAAGGAAUUGUUGAUGAUUGCUGGGCAGGUGGGCAAGCAGCCUGGGAAACCAACACCUGUUUUCCCUGGGACAGAGAAGAAAAAAGGGCUUGGAUGGACACAAGGGCCUGGGAGCUUUCCAAGCUCCAGUUUGCAAGUUACAGUGGCUCCGAACAGCCUUGGUGGAACUUUGAGCUCAGUGACCAUCCAGGCCCAACAGUAUCUAGAAGGCAUGUGGAGUAUAUCCAGAGUCAACAACUUCCUUCCUUCAUCUUGUCAGGUAAGCUAACGCAAUUGGAGUGUGCUGGUAAUUGUCAUUCUGUAUUAAGACGAGUUGUGUGAUGGAACUUGUGUUUUAAAUGGAAAAGUACCGUGGUCUAUUUUCCAUCUUCUCUUGAUUUUGUUUUAGUUACAAUGUCAAAUAUCUUUUUGCGAAUAAAAUACUCCCUUAAAAAUUAAAUAGAAUAAAAAUGAGUGAAGAAUUUCGAUCGUAACUUUGAGUUCUAGAACACUAGUUUUGCAUAAGAAAAAAAAAUAAUAAAAAAUCCAGUAUUGUAACCGAACGGAUAGGACUUUUAUAUCUUACAGUUUUGCAGACCGUUUACAUUUAAAAUUAAAUAAAAAUGAACUGAUUUAUAUAUAAUUAUUUAGGGCUUCUGAAAAAUGUUUUAAACACAAGUGUUCCCAUAUGACAACAUUGAUCAGAUUAAACAUUUCCCAGUUUUCUGUGUGUAUGGAGAAUAUUUUGCAAUUCUCUUCCUGUGUCUAUAUCUGUUCUUAACAUCUGCCAGUGAUUGCAGAUCCUUAAUGAAGCUAUUAAUAUUUUAGUGGCUCAGGAACAGAAGCUGAAAGGAUGUCUUGGUAUUAGUUAUAGAAGAUGUCAAAGGUUGCCAAUCUUAAUUGGAUGAGCAGAAGGUGAAUAUGUUGCAAAAAUUAGAUUUAUUAAUUCAUUUUAUCAAAAAAUAAAUAAUAGUUUUAUUGAGGCGUUUCUACUAGAAACACACAGAAUAUGUCACUUUUUUUUUUAAAGGAACACUAUAGGAUUAGGAAUACAAAUGUGUAUUUCUAACGUCACAGUUUAGGUGACCGGGCCCCAGUUACCAGGGCUAAAAGGAGAGUUUUACUUAACCUUUUCUCCCUUGCAGUGACGAUCUCUGAUGUGCCAGUCCACCGCUUUAAUAGAGAUUAUGGAUAAUCUAAGUCAAGUGAAUGCUUCCCUAUAGGAAUGUAUAAGGAGAUAAGUGCGCAUGUGCGGCAAAAUGCCGUGCUGCACUAAUCAGAUGGUCUCAGAGAAUGGAGUAAUGGUGAAAUAGAAAUAAGAGUUGUAAAAGGCACAUGUCUCUUUUAUUAAUGAGGAGCUACUGAUUGGCUUAGACGUUAAGGUGACUGCUUUAGCCACUCAGCAGUGCCCUUAUCUGGUGGCAGCCCGUGCUUCCUAAAAUGCAAUUGAAUAAGCCGGAUUCCGCUGGGGAAAGGAAGAUCGUGCACUUGACGCAUCCUUUGGGUUAAACCAUUUGAGAACAGUUUAAACCCUACAGGUAAGAAAGCACCAUGGAUCUCCUGGCACCAUAACUGCAUUGGUACGCAAUAGUGAUUAUGGUGCUUGAAGUAUUCCUUUAAAAUGUCUGAGGGUAGUGCAGUAGGAGCUAUGACAUUGUAUGUAACUCUUGCAGCCAUUAGACUGCUGUGUGUGCUUACAACAGAUUCAGACUUUGCACAAAACCGAUAUUGUCAGCCUGGAAGAAAGAAUUCCAUCUGACUGACUGUCCUGGGAGGUGGCCCUACACAGAGGAAAAAAAAGAAGGUAUUUUAUCUCUUGAAUUAAACCUUUUUAGAAAGAAAGGCUGUUGUGUCUUUGCGCAGUAACCACUUCAGUAAGCUGAAGUGAUUAUGGGACUUAGGAUGGUGGACAUUAUUUAUUGCUAAGAAUUCUAAAGCAUAAUGCUAUCGAAUUGCGUUGAUGUAAGGUCCCGUCUAACCAACCUAACUGUACCCCACAUUAAAGAGCAUAUUGUAAGCCGACAUUGAAGAGCCUGGAAAAUGGAUGCAUACAUAAACCUAAAUGCUAAAGUUUAGAAAAAAGAAAAACCGAUCCUAGAAUGAAAAACAAAAAAGCAUGCUUUUCCAGCUUGUGUGUGUCAUAUAUUACUUAAAAAGAGCUUACGAAGACACUUGAGAAGAUAAAACUGUCCUGGUAAAACGCUGUGCAAUUUUGAGCAUAGCUCUGGCUUUUGGUUGCAAAUCGUAAGAGAAAUAAUAUUCGUUUUAAAUAUGAUUGCAAGAAAAAUAGAUAGUGCUGCCCGCAAUCAGAAAAUAUCUAAUACAGCGAAAGAGACAUUUUGCUUUUAACAGGAAUCUUUUUGCUCCCGUCAGUCUUGAAUAUAUCUCCAAAUCUAUAAAAUGAUGUUUUCACCAUUUUUUUUGUUUUUUUUUGCAUUCUUUGUAGAAUGUGGCAAUUUUAUGGAAAGUAAAUCGCUGUUGCAGAGCAAUUUAAAAUGGGAGGCUUUAUUUAUUUUAUUUUUUUAUUUUUUUUUAGGCAAAAAAAUGUAAUCUGCUAUUUUAUGUAUAAACAUUAUUAUGAAUGUUACUGGUGUAAAAAAAUUAAAUAAAACAAAUAUUUAAAAAAUCUUUUUCUGGAAUGAAUCCAAACGAAGAGCUAAUAUUCUUUGCCAUGGCUGUAGUGUCGGAUUUCAAUCUCUAGAUUAGUUGGUGGUCUAAAUUUAGAAUUUCCAUAAUUUAAGGUUUUUCACGUUGAGUAUAGUAUGCUGGUAUUCAUAAGUGCUGAGUGUUUUUCAUACCUACCUACAGAUCUAAUAUGCAGAAUUUGCUGUGUUCUUUUGGAGAGUUUUCAGCUUUUCUAGACAAUCGAAAAAUAAAUCCUCUAGAACUGUCAUAGGUUCAAAUUCAGAAUUUACUACAUAAUAUAGUAGGUAGUGUAGGUAAAAUGUUAGCAGUUCAAGGGACACUUCAGUUGAGACACUGGCUUAACACGGCUCACAUAGGUAUCAAGAAGUGUCCUUGAUUGGAUCACGCGGAUAUCGGGAGCUGUUCUUGAGAGCAUCACACGGGUAUUAAGAAUUGUCCUUGACUGGUUCACUUGGGUAUCUAGGCUGGGACUAGUGAUUGUGUGUGAAACCUAUUCUCUGCCUCUGUGAUCAGACCUCUCAGAACUACACAAUAAAAAUGAUUCUUCCAAAAGAAAGUGACAGACUUUGGGGCGAUCUCUAGUCAAAGUGUUCCAGGCUAAUAAAAUUUACAUUAGAUGUUGUUUAGGAGGUAAGAGGUAUGUUAUACUUCCCAAAACUACCCCUUUGUGCUCAGGUUAAAAUCGUAAGUUUGUGUCAAGUACUGCUGAUCAUGCUUGCUGUCUGUUGAGAAUUUAAACCCCGGAGUAUUCAACAUUUGUCCAACAAAAGACAGGCCAAUAUAGAACUCUAAGUUGUUGUUCGAUAGCACCGUACAAGCAGAGGAUCUCUGGUAAAUUGGAUCGAGGCCAUGGUGAUAAAGAAAUGAGAAUUGUUAACUUGUAUUCUUGGCCUUAUGGCCUUAGAGGUGAACUUGGAAAAUAGUCACUCGAAUUCACAUGAAACUUGGCUUAUUUCCAGAUUUUCCUCAACUCAUUGAUUGACUAGAUGGAAAUUAAAAAUGUAUAUAAACAGAAGCUUGAGGGUAAAACUGUAAAUUAAUUUUUCUAUUUCGACUAAAAGUUUGCAGAAUGCUGCAGACUGUUGUAGCCUCUCAGAGGUAUUGAUUGAUGGACAGGGCAGACCGAGCUUAAAGGGACUCUCCAGUGCCAGGAAAACACAUUGUUUUCCUGGCACUGCAGGUCCCCUCUCCCUCCCACCCCCCAUUCCAUGUUGCUGAAGGGGUUAAAACCCCUUCAGUGACUUACCUGUAUCCAGCACCGAUGUCCCUCGGCGCUGGGUCAGGGUCCGCCCACGCUCCUCCCCCGCCGACGUCAUCCAGUGGGGGAGACCUAUUAAACAUGCGCGGCCGGCAGCGGGGGAGACCUAAUGCGCAUGCGCGGCAAAGCAACGCAUGUGCAUUAGACCUCCCCAUAGGAAAGCAUUGAAUAAUGCUUUCCUAUGGGGAUUUCAGCGACGCUGGAGGUCCUCACAUAGCAUGAGGACUUCCAGCCUCGUUAUAGCACGGAAGUGUUCUCUAGUGGCUGUCUAGAAGACAGCCACUAGAGGAGGACUUAACACUUCAAGGUAAAUAUUGCAAGUAUUAUAUAUAUUGAAAACUGCAAUAAUUACCCUUGCAGGCUUAAGGGUAGUGGGAGUUGGCACCAAUACCACUCCAAUGGGCAGAAGUGGUCUGGGUGCCUGGAGUAUCCCUUUAAACAAGAUAUCUCGUGUGAUAACCAUCAGAACUGCAUAAACUAACUUUUAUUCCUUGUUCCGUUACCAUAAUAUUGGUAUCCAGGCCUUACAAUAUUCCUUGUACAUUACUAAAUAUCAUAGGGAACCUGUUGGAAGUGUGUCUGAGAUUAGCAUUCCAAGAUAAACCUUCACAACGCUGGAUUCUUCAAUGCUCAAUGUGACUUCAAUGCUCUAAUUCGGGAUUGAAGAUUUUGGAUAAGACUAAUUCAGUAGCUACUGAUGUUUUCCUGUUUGCUUAGCUUUGAAAAACCAAAGCCCUAGGUUUUUUUUUAUAAUUUUUUUUUUUCGUUUUUAAAUGGUACGUUUGGAAUUGUUUGGUUAAAGUUAUGGAAAGUAAUAUAUAUUUAAGAAUUAUUAGUAAAACACAUUUUUAUGUAUUUAUUGUCACAUGUAUCUCAUGCUGAAUAGAGUCUGGUUUCUAGAACUGACAUUUUAUUGACACACUUAAGAAUAGAACCGUAAUGGUGAGCCUUGGCACUCCAAAUAUUCCUGAACUUUAUUUCCUAUGAUACUUGGCCUAUUCCUUGAACCAAAUCUACAUUCUAAUCUAACUUUCCAGAGCUUUGUAAAUGCACAAUACCUUAAAGGAACACUGCAAUCCAAACACCAUACACACUACAGCACCCUGCAGUAGUUAUGGUGACUGGGGAGCCCAGUUACCCCCUUCCACUCCCCUUCAAAAGUGGUCAAAUGUAUUUAGAACGGUUUUGCAGGUUUCCAGGAGUCUACUGGGUGGACGUUCUACAUCAAUAACCAAGUCAAAUCAUUUGGCAACCCUGGUACCAUAACCACUACAGCAUGCUGCAAUGGUUAUGGUGCCUAAAGUGUUCCUUUUUAUUCUUACCUUUUCUGUGUCCAUCCCAUGGAUAACCAGAUGCAAUAUUUAAAGAGGCUCAGAAAGUCUACUUUUGUUAAAAGUGGAAUGCAGCAAAUCUGAGAUGUGGCAAAUUGGAAAAUGCAAUUAUCAUGCAAUUUCUUUUUUUGCUGCGGUAUCAUAAAACAGGUUUUCCAAGCGUCCUUUCCAUUUAUGUGGAUUAUUGAUUUAAUUUCCGUGUGGUUCCUUUUAAUGGAUUUAUAAUUAGAACAUUGUCACAAUAAUCAAUAGUGAGAUUAUUAACCAUGUAAAUAAAACCCACUGAUUUAGGGUGAGGUAAGAACUGCGUUAUCGGCAAUCGAUGGCUAUGGUCAGACAGGAUUAUUUCCACCAGUGAAAGAUAUAUUCUCGAAAGUAGACCAUUAAUAUUUGUAUUUUCUGCAGAGACACAAAUGUUGUUUUUGUAAGGAAAUAUUGUUUUUUAACAGAAUAAAGAAGUGGCGUGAUGCAUUACUACUGCAACGAGCGCAUACACUACAUUGUGGCUUCAUUAUAUUACUAGAAGAUAAAACAUACUGCUGCGAUAUAUAUAUAUAGUGUCUUGUGGAUUUAGUCUGGUGUAGAUAAAAAAAAAAAAAAAACAAGGAGGUACAGUUCAGUUUUGCUUGAAGGUAUUCAUCUAUCAUCAUGGUUGUUUUAAUAUUCCGCUCUAUACUACGACCAUUGCCAAUGACAAGUCAUAUCCGUUUCGUCAGAUGAUGCACUGGACUCCUGUAAGGCAAGGGAGACCCUAUACACAUAAUCCUCAUCCCUCAAUUACUGCAUUCCAGCGUUUUCAAAUUGAUUGUUCAUUACCCUGUACAAUGUUUUUUAUUAUUAUUUUUUUAAUUGUAUUUUAAUUUUGAAAAAAAAAUUUUUUUAUACCUUUUUAAUUUUUAAAAUUUAUUAUCAUCAGAAUCCCCUUUUUGGUAAUGUGAAGGCCACCGUAUAGCUUGUACUUGAUUGAUGUUGAGAAACCAUAAACUUUAGUUUAAUCUUGGUCAAGCAAAAUGUCUAAUAGUUGACCAAUAAAAAUAAUUAUUUUAUAUUUUUUUGACAUUUUAUUUUCAGAGUGGUUAGAACGUCAAAGACAUUGCCAAGAAGCCGAGCAGUAAUGCGAGGUCAUUAACUCCUAUCCAUUAGCUAAGAUUAAAAGCAGCACUUUGUUGUUUUUUUUGUUUUUUUUUUCAUCUUUUUUUUGAAUCAUUUUCCCUCUUCCUUGAGAGCAGAGCACAGUUGAACAUAAUAGUUACAUAAAUAAUUUAUGAGUAGACUUUUUUAAAAUUUAAAUCAGGAUGGCAGAGUGGUAACUAUGCAAACUGUUAUUUUAAGCAAUUCAGUCAGAUAGCAGAAAUCACUUUUAUGGAGAAACCUAGCUAAAGAAGAAAAGAUAAAAAUCAAUUAUCCAAAUUGCCUCUUCAUUUUACAUUCCCCUAGUUCACUCAUCAGCAUUAGCUCCCAUUAUGCAGCCAAAUAGAAUCUUUGGAUGUUUUGACCUUGUGUUGGUCAUAGUGCACUCACGGAAUGGAGCUGUCUGGUAAUAGUGGCCUAUGGGUUCUGUGGUAUGGAAGACUCUAUUUUAAGGUCUGUUCCAUUAUGCAAACGAGCACAUCUAGAUCACUUUAAAGGCUCACUGCUCCAGCCUGGGUUAUUUUCAUUGUCUGCUUAAUAAGCUGUCAAAAGCUUAGAAAUACAUCUGGGUUAUCCUUCCCUUCAGUUACAAAAAAUAUAUAUUUAAUUUCACAAAUCACCUCUUGUGUGCUUGUAAUCCUAUAAUUCAAGGCUAAAUUAAAAUUUUUCUACAUUUCAGUGUGUGUGUGUGUGUGUGUAUAUAUAUAUUUUAGUCUAUAACACUUUAGUAUUUGUAAAGCAUCAAAAUAUUGAGGGGGGGGGGGAGGGAGGGGAGAAGGUGAGGUGGAGAAAGAGAGGAACUGUAAGAAUGAGUACCAGAACAAAAGGAACCUGGACCCGGCCUGUGGUCUUAAAAUGCAGCAUUUAUAGAACUUUUAUACAAAGUGCUUUAUAUGAUGGCUUAUGAGCUUACAAUCUAAAUUCCAUUAGAGAAGUGUAGUGAGACAAGAAGUUGCAGUGUUGGCGUGUGGAAGAAUAUGUAUUUAUAAAUGUUGUUGUUGUUCUGUAUUCAAUUCACUGUUUAGCGUACUAACUCUCUUUUAGAUUGGGUGUCAACACUCAGAACAUGGAAGUUCCCCUGUGUCACCGAUGUGUUUGGGUAUCUAAAGCGAAAAUCAUUAACCUCAUUACUCUGUAUGAUGCCCAAUCAGUUUUACACACCUUGAAGUGACACCUGGGUUUUAGCCAAAGGGUAAACUUGAUGACUCUAUAAACAAAAAGAGGUGCCAUUACAUAUAUCUUCCUCUCUACCCAUGGAUAAUACCUAACUAAUAGAGGGGUGUGCAGCAAACGUUUUCUACCCAGCACCCCCUUCUGACCUAUUCCCUCAGUAACCUGGCAAAGCACUUUACUACUGAUCUUUCUUUUAGAACAGUGUCUUAUACUCUCCUGCCCCCUCCACCAAACGUAGUGUUCCGGAGCAAGAGAACCCCACUUCCAGGACCUCAGCCCCCAAAGCCACCCUACUAGUAGCGCCUAUUAGGGAUGCACUGAAAUGCAAAUUCUGGGCCGAAACCGAAAAUUCAGGAUGCCCUUGGCCGAAAACCGAAAAUGACUUUUUCCUCCAAAUGAUUUUAAAAAAGUUUUUUUCCUAUAAUUUUAUUAAUAUUAGACUGUUUAAUGAAUUUAAUCGAAUAUGAAAAACUUCCCUUCUCUUUUAGUGGUCCCCACGCUUAAUGUUCCUCUCUCCCCUCUCUAGCGUUCUUUCCUCUCUCCUCCCCUGUCCCAUAGUGUUCUUUUCUCCCUUCCCCAGUCCCAUAGUGUUCUUCCCUCCUCCUCCCCUGUCCCAUAGUGUUCUCCCCAUCCCAUAGUGUUCUUCCUCCCCUCCCUUGUGUCCUAUAUUGUUCUCCCCCCCUCCCUUAUCCUAUUGUUCUCCCCUCCUUGUCCCAUAUUGUUCUCCCCCCUCCCUUGUCCCAUAUUGUUCUUCCCCCCCUUUCCCUGUCUCAUAUUGUUCUCCCCCGUCCCAUAGUGUUCUUUCCCCCCUCCUCUGUCCCCAUCCCAUGUCCCAUAGUGUUCGCCUCCUCCCCUGUCCCAUAGUGUUCUUCCCCUCCCCCUGCCCUGUCCCAUAGGUGUUCUUCCCCCCUCCCCUGCCCCAUGGUGUUCUCCCCCUCCCGUCCCAUAGUGUUUCUCCCCCCCCUCCUGUCCUGUUCUUCCCCAUCCCCUGUCCCAUAGUGUUCUUCCCCCCCCUCCUGUCCCAUAGUGUUCUUCCCCCCCUCCCUGUCCCAUAGUGUUCUCCCAGUCCCAUAGUGUUCUUCCCCUAUCCUGUCCCAUGGUGUUCUUCCCCCCUAUCCUGUCCAUAGUGUUCUUCCCCCCCCCCUCCCUGUCCAUAGUGUUCUUCCCCUCAGGUCCAUGGUGUUCUCCCCUCCAGGUCCCAUAGUGUUCUCCCCAGAUCCCACAGUGUUCUUCCCCUAUCCUGUCCAUGAGUGUUCUUCUCCCCCACCCCUACCCUGUCCAUAGUGUUCUCCCCCCUUCCCUGUACCAUAGUGUUCUCCCCCCCUUCCCUGUCCCAUAGUGUUCUUCCCCCCUCCCCUGUCCCAUAGUGAUCUGUUCUUCCCCCCCCUCCCCUGUCCCCCAAAAAACAAACAAAAAGUUUUUUCAUUUCGGCAAAUUUGACACGUUUUCGGCCGAAAUUUCGGUGCAUCCCUAGCGCCUAUGUUAAGCACCAUAAUGUCCAGAAGUUUUUGUGGUGGCUAUGAGUAUUUGAUAGCCUAGUGUUCGCAGCCUCUAAAUCGAGUGGAAGAUUGGACAGAUGUAGAUGUCCAACGGGAGACGUGUUUGAUGGGACAACCCAUUUUUUGCUUUACCACUCUAUGGAACUCCUUGCACCAUAGACACUACAAUAAGCUUUGGUGCUUAGUAUCACUUUUAAAGUGGGAUUCAUUUAUACACAAAACUGAUUUUUUAUUUUUUUGUCUGAUAGUGUCAUUAAUAUUUAAUUUAUUAGAAUAAACCUAUUUUGAUAAUUUGUUAGGAGUUGAUCAAUUUAAGUUAUUUGAAUUAUUCCUUUUCAUCCUGGAGAUUUUAUUGCGUAACAUUGGUAUGCCCAUGACCUUCUUAUAGCAGACUGUGAUACACACGUACUGAUUCAGCCUGUGUGGAUCUAUAAAUGACUUCCUCAAUGUCACAUCGUGUCGUUCCAGUCCAAGCAAUACAAUAUAAAUGGACAUCAUGGGGAAUUUUAGCAUUAGCUUUCUACACUCUUGACUCUGUCCCUGUGGGAAUGAAACUUACAAAAUGUGUUACAAUAACAGUCCAAACCUUUGAUAUUUGAAAGAUAAAUUUCACAUCAUGAAGAUAAAAUAUACUCUCUGAUGUACACCUUGGCUACAGUUGUGUGUGUGCCUAUUUCUAUUUUUUUAUGAAGUUGCUACGUACAGAUAUAUUUCCAAAUACCGCUUUUGAGUAAUUUUUUGGGGAUAUCAAUGCUUGCAACUGAACAGCUACAGACAAAAAGCCCCAACUGCAGACUACCCUGACAAUCCGCUAAAUAAUAAAGUCUUUUGAAUUCACACUGACAGGUAUAGAUUUGCUUUAAGUGCAUUUUCUUCCGAGGUUUUAUAUAUCCGUCUUUUGUGCUUCUUGUCGUCCCACAAAUCUAUCCAUCACAUCGUGACCUUGUUAAUUUAUGGCUACAAUCUUUUCAUUUUUGUUGAACAUUGUGUAUGUUUGUGCGAGGGGAGUGGAUGAGGAUAAUAGCAGGACUUGGGUCAAUAAGAAUGAAAACGGAAUGUUUAUAUAUUUUAAGUCAUUAAGAUGUGUUGCUAACCCUUUUUCAAGGCCAUAUUUCAAAGUUGAUAAUGGGAAAACAUACAGACACAUAAAGCAUUGCUAAAAAGAGAUUCAUCAAGUGAUCCACUACCUUCACCUUUCUUUGUCUUGGCUGCUCCUGUCAGAGCUGCUGUGGGGCCCAUUUUUGUAGAGGGUUAGUGGGUACGCCCUGCAUUUUACUGGUAUUUCAGAACACCUGCCAAGUUAAUUUAAUUGUGAUUUAUUACACAAAUCGACAAACAUGUGUUGGUAGCUGUAAAUGUUGCGUACUCUUUACACACAAGCUAUUUAGUGGACAUAAUUUAUUUUAUUGCUUAGUAAAAAGUACGGAAGAGAAAAAGGUAGAAGAAACUCAUUAGCAGAACUAACAGAGGAGGAUUACACAUGAAUUAAAAAAUAGAAUUUUACACACAAAAAAAACAAGAGAUUGUGUAGAAAUCAGUUACAACUUUGUAUUUCUCUUGAUUAAUUUCCAAACUCAAAUAAUACUUCGUUGCUUUGGCGUUGGUUAUAGAGACCUUAAGAUUUAACACAAACCAUGGCAUGUUAAAGGGUUACUCCAACCAUCACGGCCACGUCAACGAUUUGAAGUGGCCAUAGUGGUAGGAGUAUGUAUGUGCUGUGUUUCCGCCUCCGCCUGUUGCCUUCUUUUUUGCCUUUGUCUCAUGCGCAUUGAGCCGGUGAAAUGGUCCAAUUACAGAAGGCAGUCAUUGGACCAUGUGAGGCCCCUGUGAUGUCAGAGAGGGCCUGUUAGAAACAUAUAUAUAUAUAUAUUUUUUUAAAUCGAGAGGGUGGGGACCUUGUCCAUAGUGCCAAAUAGAACGCUAUGCACAUUAAAGGUUGGAGUAACUCUUUAACUUUUAUAAAUUGUGUAACAGUUUGAAAGUGUUUACAUUUUCUUAUGUGGCAUUCUUUCUUUUAUUUUCUGCAUGCCUUAAGAGAGCACUUUUACAACAGUUUUCGAGGCAGUCAUCCCAGAGGAAGAGAUGUAAAUGACUGUUUUAAUUCAUAUAACACAUGCAUGCACUAUGCAGUUAGGAAAGUUUUUCGUACACUUUACACCAGUGAUUCCCAAACUUUUUAGAUUCAAGGCGCCCUUAAUAUAGAAAUAUUUUUCCAAGGCACCUCAAGUCAAAAUUUCUAGGUUGUCUUUUACUGGCAUUUACUGGCGCUUUAGUGUAAUGUAUAGUGUUGGUGUUUGAAGGGGUGCUUGUAUAUAGUUUUAGUGUUUUAAUACAGGGAUCUGAUUGUAUGUGGUGUUUGUGUUUUAUUGCAGGGGUGUGUCUGAAUAUAAUGUUCACUUUUAAAUGUGGAUGUACAUUUGUGUGAAGCAUUUGUGUUUAAGUAAAGGUGUGUGUAUAUUUUUGGGGGGUUUGAAUGCAGGGGUUUGUUUGUAUGUAAUAUUUGUGUUAGAUUGCAGGAGUGUGCUUGUUUGUUUUCCUGGUGUUUGACUGCUUGGGUGUAUAUACAUACAUACAUACAUACAUACAUACGCACACAGAUACAUAAAUACACUGACACACACAAAUUCAUAUAGACACUGAGACAUACACACAUGCACCUUGAUACAUGCACACACCAUGACACAGAUACACACACACACCCUGAAACACACACACUGACAUAUAAACACACAGAUGCACACCCUGACACACACACACGCACACUCACAAACACCUUGACACACACACACACACACAAGGGAUAUUUCUUCAUAUCUCCAGUCACCCUCCUGGUAUUUUACCUUAUGUGUACAGCGCUACGGAAUUUGUUGGCGCUAUAUAAAUAAUAAAAUAAUGAUAAUGAUGUGUCCAGGAGGAUAGCUUGGAGUCCUGCUGCUGGUGUGAGUCUGGAGCAGCUCCUGCAGUGCUGCUCUCCCCUCGUGGCUGCCUCCCCCUGCGCUGUCUCCUUGCAGGAUGCUGGGAGGAAGUGAUAGGCUGUCACUUCCUCCCAGCCGGCCAGUAUUACAGGGUCGUGAUCUUAAAGAACCGCGACACUCAACCGGGUCCCUGUUGAGCUGUAAUGUUUUCCCGGUGAUAUAAUCAUAGCACCGGGGAAAUAUUCCAUGGCACCCCUGUGUGCACGAUUAUAUAUAAGUAUGUUAUCUGCCAACUCUAGCCUAUUAGCAAAGCAAACCUCAUUGUGUCAGACUUCAAGUUUAAACUCCUUUCGCCCACGAUAGAUCUGAGAUGUUUUAAAAAUGAUCUAAACUAAUACUCUGAGCCAGUAAGAUGAGCCUAUGCUACAGGAUGUAGCUCUGUGGACCUACCAGAGGUAAGUUGUCAAGCUAUUUAAAAUAGUUUGCCUCCUUACUCACAAGAGCACACCUAGCACCAGUUAAACUAAUGUCAGCUGUUGUGGUUAUGGUGCUUGAAGUGUUGCUGUAAAGCAAUGUAAACUAUGAUUUAAGCUUUGUUUUUUUUUUUGCUGCAAAGUCCUGUUAUGCACUUCUCUACACUUUUUUUUUAUUUUUAAAUUUUUUAUUUUUGCAGUGCAAAGAAUAGGUACAUGCAGUCUCAAGGUGCCCCAGAAGCAGUCCUCAAGUAUUUCCCUCGCGUAACAUGCGGGGCUUCAAUUAUCAGGCACAAUUUUAUAAUAUAAGCAGAUUUAACAUUGUAGCUUCAGCUGAAGAAUAUAAGAUUAUGUUAUAGUCAAGUUUAGUCAGAGCGUGGGUUAGGUUAGUGACCGCAUGAGUAACCAAGCAUAUAAGAACAUUAAACUAUGCAUGCAUGCAUGUAACCUCAGUGAAAACAGUCCACGUUGACAUAAUUUGACCAGCUGGAUAAGCACCGAGUCACUUAUGCUGGCAUUACAGUAGUGAGCACCACUGUCGUCCACUGGCUGUAACGUGUUGUCUGACGAUCAAAGGUGCAAGUGAGAAGGCUUGUGAGUUUGUGGUGGCGGUUGGUGGUCAUGACUGGCAGCGGUAUAUCAGUCCUGAACUUUGGUUGGGGCAUUCACCCCACCCCGGUCAUCGGGAACAGGUAGGUGUAAACUGGAGGGGUUGCUGGGCUAGGUGUUGCUUGUCUCCACCUCCAGUCCUUGUCCGAGUCAGUGAUAGCUGCAGUGAGGCAGUGUGCAGAGGUGGCAGCCCGAUGGGAGUGAGGUAACCACAGCCUCAUGCCCCGGGCUGCUGAGGAGGCCGACAUCUUCUUGCCACGGACGCGGUAGCCUGGAUGGGCAGAGUCUCUCCCGAGUGGGGAGCGGCAGUGGGUUCCGAUGGUGUGCCGAUGACUUAGGGUCAAGCCCUUGGUGGCCCCCAGCCCAGGUAGGCCAGUGGCUGGAGAAACUAGGCCCGAGGGGGUCUCCUGCGCUCCCCAGUUCGCAGCUCUCCACGCCUUCGCAUGUGGUUGAGGCUGCAGCUGAGCUACCCGGUGCCCCAGAGCUCUCCAGAAGUGCCGAAAGUGCUCAUCAAUUCGCUGUAUGAGUUGCUCUACGGGGCAACAAUGGGACAGUCCUGAUUGCUCACUUGUAUCGGCUCCAGGAUGAGACGCUUCCGCCAUUUUGAUGCAGGUUGCUGUGCUGCGAGUGAGUUGGCAGUUAGGCCUGUAGAUUGCUUCUAGGCCCUGGUUUGGACUAAAAGGUAAGUGCCGUGGUGGCUCGUUGUGAUGGUCCAGUGGGGACUGGGAUAACCCCUGCCGGUCCAAGGGGGGGUGGUAGGAGUGUUUCCAGAGGCUUGUGUUGCUUGUGAGCAGGGAGAUUGGUCCGCCUCUCCUCUGCUCCGUCACAGCAGGCCGCAGUGUUGGAUCGCUGGUCCCCAGCGUGUAUUAGACUUUGCUUAGGCUUCAGGUCACUUUGCUGGACCCCCCUUAGUAUUGUGGUUCUUGUUGGUGUGUUUAAAUCGCAGGUUUACCGGGAUUAAAGUCCUAAAUUCAGCCCAAUUUGCAGGAGCUCAGGUCACACACGUCUCCUCUGCAUGAUAGCUAGGCUCCGUCCCUUCUUGACACUUUUGAGCUCCUAGAAAAGAAACACACUGUGUCAGGGAAGUCUGGAGGGGUUUUGGCAUAAAUUGACGCACUCACUAAUGAGCAAGGACACUACAUAUGUUUGCCAUUACCCACAAUAAUUAUAGCCAAAAGUAGUGUCUACUUUUUCAGUUCUAUUAGUUAAAAUGUCUUAACUGCAGAACCAUUUGUGAUUUAAAAAAUAAAAUAAAAAGUUAGACAUUUUAUGAAUUCUGAUUAAUAUAAAGCUUUUUAUUUCCAUUUUAUUUCCAUUUGUUUCUGACAGCCGCACUAUCAGACGUGAUGUUCGAGCUAUAUGUAUGGCGUGAUGACUCACUCUUGCAAAAUGUAGAAUUCAACAUGUCUAGCAACUAUUCUAGACCUUUAUCACCGCAAUUUUAUAAAGUGUGUUCCUGGGGGGAGGGGGUGGUGUUAAAAUACAUUUCCCAGUUUGUUAAAGUGUAUUUAACGUAGUCUGGAAACUGUCACUUCUGCUUUAUACUCUGACAGAUUUUCACUCCUCCACAGUUUAUUUCCCACUAAAUGAUCUCUGUGAGCGUAUUCUGCCACGCUUUCCACGCCAAGAUAAAUCUGGCAUAGGAGAAUGCCGGAUAGGAUAAUAAAAUAAUUUUCUGGUGCAAUAAAGUCCUAAAUUUGAAUAAACACAAACCACAACACAAACGUAAUGCACCUUUUCAGCAGUGUGAAUCAGUACAAUGGUGAGACCCCAUGUGUACAAUUCAUCUCUAAAUAAAUGCCGGACUAUUAUUCAAACCAAAGGAGUAAUAAAGUGCAUACACAGAACAGUGUCACUUUGUCCCACAGAACAUGCCACAGUCAGUUUCUCCAUUAAAACAUACCUAGGUCAGUUUUCCCAUUAAAACAUACCUAGGUCAGUUUUCCCAUUAAAACAUACCUAGGUCAGUUUUCCCAUUAAAACAUACCUCGGUCAGUUUUCCCAUUAAUAAAAUACCAACGUUAGUUUGUCAGGUAUGUUUGUAUGAGGUGUUGGUGUUAGAAUGAACAAGUGUAUGUGUGUGUGAAUGUAGGGGUGUGUUUGUAUGCAAUGUUGGCGUUUUAAUACAGGAGUGUGUUUGUAGGUAGUGUUGGUGACUGGUUGGAACAGUGUGUUUGUAUGUAGUGUUGGCAUUUGAUUGCACAUAGUGUUGGUGGCUUGAAUUGGUGUGUUUGUAUGUAGUGUGGAUGUUUUAUUUUGAAUACUGGUAUAUAUGCUUACAUACACAUGCAGCUUCACACUAACACACAGACACACAUAUACACUGACAAACACACACAGAUACACAAGUUGCAAUGGACCCAUUUCUCUCCACCUCCUGCUUCAAUACCUUUUAGAUGCAGUAGGGUUUGCUAAGGAUGACAGGAGUCUGAGGCUGUCUGUGUGCUUGCCCUCCUCCCCUCUUUGUGUCUCCUCUGUCCUCCCAGCCUCCACAUGGUCUGUGAGCUGGAAGGAAGUCACAAGAAAUUACUUCCUCCCAGCACUGUGUGCUGACAUUAAAGGGGUUGCUCUGCUAAAGGGACGCAGUACUUGACCGGGUCCAUGAUCAGACCAGCCUGCCUAUAGGAUAUACCCCAAGUGCUUGAUGGGCCCCCAAAGCCUCCGGGCCUGUUGCAGCUGCACCAGCACAAGUUCCUCCACUGGACGGCACACAUAGUACAGUGCUGCGCCACACCUGUCUGAGCUCUGGUUUAAAGCAAAAUGCUGAAAUAUUGCAAUAUGUUUUGAUGGUAUUCCAAAUACAAUGUAAUAUUGUAACAUUCUGCAGCUAGUGGUCUGGAAUAGUGGUUUGUCCUUUGGCAGCUGCACACACCGGCAGUGCAUACUCGUAACAUAAACCAGCAAGCCCGGAAUGGUGAGAUGCUGGAUGCAGUCAAACAUAUUUUGCAACACAAUGUCUAGCUUAAAGGGACACUUCACGGCUUAAAUAAAAAAUAAAUCACUGUUUAGUAGAAUUACCCCAAGACCUCAUGCAAUUGCUGCCUCUUGAGCUAAACAGACAGGAAGUAACCGGACCUGUUGUCUGACAGUCAGGGGGUGUAAAAAGGUUAAUUUCUAAAAUUUCAAAUUUCUAUUAAAAUCUGCGGUUUUUGUAAAAUUAAAAAAAAAAAAAAAGACACGCUCAUCACACAUAAGGGAUUUAUAGUUUCCUUUAAUGUACACCUACAUGAAGGUGAACUUCUGAUCCUCCACUUUUUAUGGAUUACAUGUUUAUGACAAGAAUGCAUUGGUCAGUCUUAACCUUAGAUAUAGUUAAACGGAUAUCCUCUACGAACAAAAUGAUUCUGGACGCCCUGGUUGAACUUAUUAUUUGUAUCCAAAGUAUUCCCAAUAUUCUAUUGGCCUCAAGGAUAUCUGUCUGGACAACUAUGUCAGAAUUCCCUAUUGUAGAGUUAUGAAUUGUAUCUACCCACACAGGUAGCAUAUGAAUAAAUAUUUUAAAAAGUUAAUUAACAUUAAAUAUGACACCAUUCUUGUUGCUAGUAACAAAACUACUGAUGAAUGUCAUGGCUAUUGCUAGUUGCCCUCCUCCCACCACCCCUCACCCCCUUUCGAGUUUAUUAAGAUAGACAUUUCCUAUUUUCUUUUCCCUUAAUCGAAAACAACCUUGUACACUUUAAGAAGGCAAGUCUCUUCUCAACCCUUAUACAGUUGAGGCUUUGCAUGGCUGCUGUCUAGAGCAGGGGUAGGCAACCUUUGGCACUCCAGAUGUUGUGGACUACAUCCCCCAUAAUGCUCUUACACCCAGAAUGCUGGCAAAGCAUCAUGGGAGGUGUAGUCCAAAACAUCUGCAGUGCCGAAGGUUGUCUAUGUCUGGUCUAGAGGAUGCGAAGUCUCAGUCUAGGAUGUAACCUUGGCCUUUCAGCUAUUGUGAGACUGAAAAGUCCAACAGCACUUGAACACCCCUGGGUCAAGGUGGACAGAAUGUUUUUUGUUUUUUUCCAGCAUAGUUAGUCAGGUCAACUAGUGUCAAAUAUGAAUUUGUUAUAACUGAAUGAACACUUAUUAAUUUUUUUAUUAUUUAUAUUUAUGAAGCCCUAAUUAAAUUGCAAUAUGAUUAUUUGACAUUUUGAUCAGAGAUUUCAUUUAAAUCUUUUAAUGCUUUGUGGAAUGCAGAAAGGUUAGGAGUCAGACCGUUUUUAUUUUGCUGUCACAUAAAAAAAUGUUUCCUUUAUUUGUUGGUGUAGUCUGGCAUAUGAUUUAAUUAAAUUAAAGUUUUUAGGUCAUAAUAUAAAUACAACAACCGAUACAAAGGGACACUUAACUACCCUUUGCGAGAUUCCGCUACUGAUUUGAAUGACGUGUACCUAAACCACACUAGGAAGGUAAAAGAUAAAAAAAUUACAAAUGAAGAAUAAUUCUUGACAAUCUUAACUGAACCAUAUAAAGGGUUGUACGAGCCAGAAAAUAUCACUGCUUAUAAUUUGUGAUUUAGGUUUUCAUGCUUGUCAAAGUGUGUAACUGUGCUGUGUCCGUAACGAAACAAGGCUGUAUAUUUCUGUUUGUCUGCUGCAUUUUUCAACAGUCCUUAUGAUACAGCGUAACAAAGCAUGCUUGUCCUCUUUCGUUAUGUGUCAUUGUCCUUAAUGUGACUUUAGAAGCAGCUACAAGGAAAUGCACCCAGACAGAUGGCUUGCACUCAUUUCACUUGUGUUUUUUUUGUUUUUAGCCUGACACUCCAUUCGCAGAUGGGGGAAGGGAGAGCCAUAAUGUUGAAAUAACUGCUGGCCCUAACAGAAGAGACCAGACUUUGACGAACUGCACCCAGAGUUUGGUUCCACCAGCUGUAGUGUCUUCUGGAACGUCAGCCGCUGCAUCCUUCUUCAUCAGGUACCCUAUUAAUAAACGAAUAAUAUAACAAAUGAGUAACAUCAAAACAUGCAAACUCAAAGUGGGUAAUAUCUUACAGCAGAGGUGCUAUGUUUGGGAUCAGAGUUUUGGGAUAAAUUCAGACUUUGUUAUUGUUUUUGUGUCUAUGUAACAUUUGUACAUUGUGUGGCUAUGUGUAUACUCAUUUCCCCCCAAAAAGACUAUAUGACAUCUAAAGAAAGAUCCAGCAUCUAAAAAGUCACACACAUCCUUUAAACUAAUCACUUUUUUCAGGUGUAUUUUGUAAAGUAACAUUGUGUUCGAUGUGCUCAUGGUUUGCGCAUUGUUAACGGAGCGUGUCAGAAUUGGUUUUCCAUUAGCUGUAGAGUGAACACUGUUUAUGAGACCCACCUGUGUAAUUUUGGGAGUGUUAGGCCUUCAAACUUGAAAAUCAAAUGAACCAUGGCCAGUGAACCAAAUAUAAAAGAACACUCCAAGUACCAUAACUACUACAGUGUGCUAUGGUAUGCUGGCACACCUCCAUGCCUCUCUUCUUCUGGUACAGAGACCUGAAAGGUUCUGCCAGCAGCUUCCGUCAGCACUCCUUAGCUAAGUAAGCCCUUCUGAUUGCAGACAGGCAGGGACUGGCUCCUAGUGGGCCCCAGAUAAGAAGUCAAACCUUUAGCAAGUUGUUUGUCUCCUGACCUUCAAUGGUGCAAAAUAAUUCCUGGCACCAUAACCACUGUGUAGUGGCUAUGGUGUUUGGAAUGGUCCUUUUCAUCGGCCCAGAAGAACCAUGUUAAAACAAAAAAUGUCCCGUCUGUAAAUAUUCAGGAGGAAGUUGUGGUGUCACUAAAUAGUAAUCAGUUUUAAAAUGUACAAAAACCGAAGCUUUAUGUAAAACUAUUAACUCUAUUGACUAUUCUUAUGUCUAUGAUUCAAAAUGACUCUGAUCUCAAUGCAAAUCUGUGUUAACAAUGUUUGGCAUUAUUGCAAACCAUUGUAACACAUUGUACAUGUUUUAUACAGAAGUAUCACAAACUACAUUUGACAAAGUGACAGAAUUUAGGAGCGUUAUGGUCAUAAUCAAAUGAUUAUGUCAACCUGGUUAUCUAAAAAGACAAGCACCAUAACUACUAUAUCCUAUUUGUAGCUGUUAUGGCGUCAGUAGCCUAUGGGCACCAUCCCUUGGUUCUGAAUCAAACAACUUUUGAGCAGAUCAACAAAAAAAGGUGUCCCCUUGUACCUGUCGACCAGCCCCUCACGUGUCAUAUUUCUAAUUCCGUACUUAAAAAUCUGCAUUAGAAAAAUCUGUUUUUGUCCAUAUUAGGAGAGCAGUGAUUGGCUGAGCUUUCUCAGGUAUACACUUUUAAUAGGGGGGCAGGUAGAAUAAUGGAAACACGGAGCUUGAUAAUUACAAGAAAUUGUUUAGGUUUUCUCUAACUAUACUGCUAACUUUGGGCUACAGAACCACAAAUUUUACUCCCAUUUUGUCCAAAAUGCCCAUUAUAAUAUGAGCUUUUCGAAUGCUGCCUUGUUAACCAUUUUUUUGAAAAAUUAGGCGCUACAUCUUUCUUAUAAAGGAAAUUAUUGAAGAGAAUUGAUCAAACUGUAACAUGACAUUGAUUCUUGCUUGAAACUAUACCCAGUUAAAGCUGACUCUUUAUUAAGACUGUAAGGGGCCUCUCUCCUUAAAAAAUAAAUAUAUAAAAAACUUCUAUAUAACUGCAUCUUGCUCAUGUGAAGGUGUUCAAUAUUUAAUGCCAUGUCGAUUUGCCGCUGGCAUUUCCUUUGUGAGAUUUUCUGGGAUGCAUGCACUUCUGAUUUUGAACUUAAAUCCGCCCAGUUUUAAAAUCCCUUUAGUAACAUCUGUUUGCUACAUCUGGACUGACCAGUUUAAGCAUUCUUUCCAUCCACUCUCAAAUGAAAGGGACGGUGAUUCACAGCCAGAAGUGUAGAGUGUCUGUCCUAUAGAAUAUUUUUUACUAAACCGCACACCUUAUACUUAUUUCUAAACUGCAAGCACUUAAAAGGAAAAUAGCUUUUUUUUAGUCUUUGGAGACAGAUGCCCUUCAAUUUCUGUCUCUGCGUGUUGUGUGCGUUGAAUAUUCAUGUCAGGAUUGUAGCAUCGAGAAAUACAUCUGACGCGUAGAUAGAUUAAUAAGACAGAAUCACAUUUACGGUCUAACUGGCUCUGUAUUAAAACCUCUCAUUAUUUACUAAUAAACAAUAAUGUUAUACAUAAUCUAUGAGUCACUAUCCUAUCAAAGCUUCCUGAUGGUUCUCUGCUAGGCAUUCGGUCAUUAUAUUGGCCAUAAAAUAAAGUCAAUAAUUGAGGUUAUGCAAAGAGCACGGACCUUAUCAGCUUUAUGCAUUGGGGAAGCAGAUUGGAAAAACUCUGUGUACUGAUUGUGUUGUGACCGAGCAUAUGAUUAAGGCAUCGCGACCAAUAUGUUUCUAAUGAAACGCCUCGAUAUAUAUGCAGCAAUAUUAGCUCAGUCUCUAAGUGACUAAUAUGUUCUUUUCUAAACAUCUCAGUCUUCAAUUAGGUCCAAUAAAACAAGCCUAUGUUCGUGCACCAAGGAGGACAAAUUCAGCUAAGCAGUCUCAGCUGCUAUAAGUGCUCUUUUCGUGUGAAUCAAUUUUCCUAGAAUUCUCCAAUUAUUUAUAGGAAGCAUUUUUUAAAUACUUCUACAUAAUAAUAAUCCCCAUAUCUGUAAUGCAAAAAGGAGAAAAAUCUUUGGGCAUUGGUAUCUUGGGUAUUAACGAUCGAAUAUUCUACCGAUCUAGAGUUAAGAAACGGUCACAAUGCUAUUUAUUACAUUCUGAAUUUCAAAUUUUAAGAGAAAAAAAAUUACGGCUUCAGGCUUCGACUCAUGCCCGUCCAUCCUUGUCAUACCUCAAUGGUGGCAACUCCUAUAGUCAACCUCUGCAUCCAGACAACCAACCCCACUAUAAAAUCUACAGAUACCGCAACUGCACCUCUCAACAUUUUAAGCUGACAACAAGGGGUACUUUCAUUUUAGUGGGGGUGUGGCUAGGGGCGGGGUUAUUCUAAGAACAUUUAGGCCACUUACUAAUAACAAUUCAGGCAACUAAAAUGUAAUUUAGAAUAAGAACAAUGUAUCUUAUUUACCAGACUGAAUUCUAGUUUAAAGACACAUUACUGGGAGUAUUAUUACUGUGGAGCUCUGUUAUACACUCCGACACAUUACUGGGAGUAUUAUUGCUGUGGAGCUCUGUUAUACACUCAGAUACAUUACUGGGAGUAUUAUUGCUGUGGAGCUCUGUUAUACACUCAGAUACAUUACUGGGAGUAUUAUUGCUGUGGAGCUCUGUUAUACACUCAGAUACAUUACUGGGAGUAUUAUUGCUGUGGAGCUCUGUUAUACACUCCGACACAUUACUGGGAGUAUUAUUACUGUGGAGCUCUGUUAUACACUCAGACACCCCAACAAUAUGGAACUACUAGAAAAGAGGGGCAUUAGGAUAAGAAGGGGGGCAGAGUGAAUUGUGCUGAAAAGGGAAUGUUCUUCCUAAAUGGGGGCACUUGGAAGGUAUGGAGCAAUGAGCUGUUAUCAGGGCAUAGGGGGAACCAUCAAAGGUAGAAUGUUAUUGAACACCUUAUUUGUUGUGUAAUAUAGAACACCCUUAAUGUUUUAUGGGGGAAGGGGGAACAGGAAAUAGACAUGCUUCCAAUACACUAAUUUUGAGGUAUUUCUAUUGUUUAUGAAAUCUAUAGCACGUCAAAACCAAUUUCUGUCUGCACAAGUAUUUAGUAAGUAUUUAGAGUAUUUGUUAUGCUUUUAAUGUGUUGCAUACAAUAUAAGACCGUAUCUUGUCCUUCUGAAUCUCUGUUUUCUUUGUCUAAAUAUAGGUAAUUAUUGAGAUUUUUAUAUUUGUUUUAAUUCUAUCACGUGACCAUUAAUUGUCACUCCUUUAAACAGAGUUUUAGAUUUGAUUCUGAUGACCUUGGGAUGUUGCCAUAGAAACAGAAUUAUAAAGCAGCUGUUUAACACAAGUAUCUUUGUGUCAUGUUAAUAUAAACUUGUAUGAUGUUUCAGAAUGAUGAACGAAAUUCACAUAUAGCAUGGAGCAAGGUUGUGGUUUUAAACAACGGAAUCCGGUUGCUAACAUGUUGGCGUAUAAUCCUCCAUAUUGAUGGACGUAUGCGCAGGGCUCCAAUUGGACAGAUUGAUUUUAAAGAAAAUUCGUAGAUGUUUAAAAUAGAAAGUGUGUGUGUGUGUGUGUGUGUGUGUGUGUUUUUUUAAACUUCUUUUCUUUUAAUUAAUUUUUUUAACUCCUGAGACAAAUUCCACCACUAUCUGUUGGGAAGAGCAGUGAUUUUUAUUUUUUUAAAUCCUAUAGAGGCCCAGGUACUCAGAAAUCUGCUUAUUACCUCUUCAAAUUAUGGAUCUGGUCGAGUGUGUUGUUAGACCCAGAAUCCUUUGCUUUAGAUCCCAGUGUGCCUUGUGUAUUGACGGAACAUGAUACCUUGUCGAUGUUAUUUUAAUGGUUAACUUUACGGGAAGAUACUGAUUUAUCAUACCUGUUAAUUUGCUAUUAAUUUUAAGGGCAAUAAUGAUGAAAUUUUAGGAGAAAAAAAUAACUGUCAUACGAUGGGUGAUUAUUUCUAUAAUACUGCCUGCCGUUUGUUCUCCUGAAACAUUUCUAAAUGACCCUUAUUUUCCCAUUUUAUGUGACUGCAGAUAUAUGUAGUGAUGGUUUUAGAGCAGAAUCAAUUUUAAGAUCAUCUUUUUAAUGUUUUCAUAAAAUAUGAAGUUAAAAAGGAUUUUUUUUUUUUUAAAAAAGGUAAAAAACAAAAAAAAACAAAAGCUAAUAAAAAACAUUUUAAACAAGUUCCCAGUCAGACUUACAAUGUUAAAUUACAGCACAAAGGCAGAGAGCUUUAUAACUGCGUUACAGCACUUGGAAUAAUUGAACUAGAAUCCAUUUAACAAAGGCAGAGGUUAUACAAUUAAUAUUAAUAGUUUGCAUUUAUUUUGAAGUUGGCACACCUGGGGAGUAGAAGCAAAGAUUGUUUCUUUGCAGUAAAAUAAAAUGUGUAUACAUAAAAAGGUAAAGUGGCUUGUUGGAACUGGAGAAUGUGGACAAUUCCAGUAGCACGCUACAGGUUAGACAAUCGGAAUAUGCAAACCUUUAAAUCAGGAGUGACUGAGUUUCUCAUUCAUGAAAAAAGAAAACUACUUAACAAGAUUUAUUUGAUGGUUUGGGGGGGAAGGGGGGGAGUACAAUUUUAAAUUCUGAAACUACAAACGCAUGAUGUCUCACCACAAAUUGAUGGUAGUCGUACUAGUGGAUAGAUUCACUAUGUGGUAACCAAUUUUUAAGAUAAAAUAGACUAGCGUAAGAACUGACCACCAGUAUGUAUAUACAAGAACACGUAGGAUGGGUUGUAAUUUAUUUAUUUAAAGGGCAGUCUAUGAACCAUAACCACUACAGUAUGCUGUAGUGGUUAUGGGGACAUGAGUCUCCUGACACCUUCCCUCUCAUUACCAAUGAAAAUAUAGAAAUUGUCAAACAAAAUAAUGGAAGUCUAUGCAUUAAGAAGGUGUUUUCUCCUUUUGCAGGAGAAUGUCUCUGAUUUCUAAGCUAUCUAGUGGACGUAAAAUAUACAAGGACUCCCAAGUUUAUUGGCUCCUUCUGAGUAGAACACAACAUUCGGAGGUUUCUCCUAUACCCAACCUAACCCUUUUUAAUAAUACUUCUCCUUGGGAGCCAUGGGAAAACCAAGCAUUCUAUUGUAUUUAUCAAAAGACUGUCCAGGUGUCAAUGUCACACCUCUUUAAAUGCUUUUCCUGGUAUGUGUGAAACCAUAAAAUUUGCAGCAGGGUGAUAAAUGCCACUUUUUAGUGGGUCUCACCUGAGUUUUUAUAUGUGGUUUAUUUUUAUUAUUCAAAUCUACAGUUCCCAUGCGAUAAAGGAGUAGUUGCAGUUUUACAAUCCUGUGUGCAGAACCUUAAUGGACUCUCACUAAGGUGGCACCACAUUCUGUGUUUAUGGGGAUAAUUCACUAGUUCAGUGAUUGACCUUGGCACAGCCAAUAUUGUAUUAUUCAUAUUGAUGCUAUGGGAUUAUUCAUCAAGAAUUGGGUAGAAUGUCAGAUUUAUAGGAUUAUAAUUUGAAUACAAACUUUACAAUUUGCCAUCUAUCUCCUCUUCUGGAUAUCUUUGACAUUAAUCUGUUGUGUAUUUAAAACACACUUCUUUUAUACUGAGUGGAUAUUAUUUCUCUGUGGUCAACACCAUUCAGUGGACAUUAGACACAUUCUUUAAACAAUCUUUGAACACUUCCCUAUUCUGAGUCAUGGACCCUCUUGUGUGAUAGAAAGAUUCACUAGUAGCGAUUCCACCUUAGACAAUAUACCCAGUCUUCAUAUUCCAGUAACUAUCACCUUGUUUCUGUUAGAUCCAACCACCUUUGAGACUGAAAUGUUCUUCAAAAAGGACCCCAAAUCCCUAUUAUACCAUUAUGUAUUACAGGAAUUAUGGCAUGACAUGAAGUUAUGCUAUUUGUUUGGUAUUACUAAUGUGGUAGUUAAAUGGUUCUGGCACAAUGUGAGAAAGAUCUUCUGGACAAAUGUAUUAACAUUUAUAAAGAUUAAAUCAUUUGGAUUAGUAUUUGUAAGUUGACAUUCUACGAUUGUUCGGCAAUUGGCGGGGAGACACGGGCCUCCUGCGUCACUAGCAUAGUUAGGUUUGUGGACUUCUUCCUCACAGCACAUCAGUAAAUAUAUUAUUUAACCAUGUUCUUUUAUUAUUGCAUCUCUGUUAUUGCAGUAUUCAUAUAAAACAUUUAAUAAAGAAAAAUAAGCAAGACGGUCUAGUGUGGUGGGACAAUGUGUCUGUUUGGCCUCAGAUUGCAUUGUUUGUAAAUGUAGCCAGGCCUCUCCUGACGGAAAUUACUUUCCCCCCACAAGUUCGAAAAGACGUCAGUGAAAUACUUUGAUAAAAUGUCUUCAUGUUUUUGCACUUUUUCUCUUUGCAGUUUCUUGUUUGUCAUUCUUUGUCAUUAUUUGAGAUCUCUAGCUUUUUUUUCAGGGAAGUAGAAGCCAAUAGAUGGGACAGAUUGAAAUGAAACUGUUUCCAAAUUUUAAGCUUUAUUGCUGGCAUAAAUGGUGGAAACCAUAAAAUAUCUUAACCAUAUGUGAGUGAGAGACAGGCUACUUUCCAUUGAAGGGAUGAUAGCAACGCGGUGUGUGUGCCAAGCAGAUGGCAUUUCAGCUAACACAACAGACCUGCUUAUCUUCUUAUUGUCUCUCCCCUAAUUUUUGUUUACGUAGGAAACUUACUUCCUGUAAGACGUGUGAGACAUGUCAGACUGUAAUUUGUGCUGUUAUUUCAACUGUUUGUAAUUUUGAAGGGACAGAUAUUCUGCGUUUCUUAUUGAUGCCAUUAACCCAUGUUCCUUUAGAUAUAUCAUUUUUUUUUCUCUCGUUGUUCUUUCCUGGGUUAUUUUUUACUUUUGCUUUUUCACUUGAGGUCUGAGUUUAAACAUACAGAGAUGAUCCUAGCCUUGAAUUGCCAUUAGCAGUUACACAAAUUAAGAUAUGAUUAUAGGUCAUUUUUACAGUUCAAGCAUAGCUGCAUUGUCUGGUAUUACAAUUUUGUAAAUCUUUUACAUAUUUAUUAGUACCGUGGGUGAACAAAUAUAUAGUGGUUUAUUCAAAUUUGUAAAGCCUACCUUUAUUUUAGAGAGAGAAGACAUAAAAAAAACACAACAAAAAACCCUUACAUACAUAUGUGAUUUUUCGUUUUCCUGUUCCAUAUCUCCACCUUUUGGUUUUGACACAUUCAAUAAUUCAUUGUAAAGUUUAUUUAAAGGGUUACUCCAACCAAAAACCAGUGUUUUAUUUGGAGUAACUUCCUAGCCUUGUCCACCCCACCUUCCCAAGCUUAAAUCUUAAUAAAAGAAACAUCCGUAAAAACUCGCCUCUGGUCCAGUUCUGAGGCACACAAUGUAAUAUCAUCCUAAUGAUGGAUGCUGCUGGAGACUUUGUUACACCUCCAGCAGCAGUGGGGUGUAACUCCACAUGUUAAGCAUUUCAUAGCAAAAUCCCUAAAGGACCACUAUAGUGCCAGGAAAACAUACUUGUUUUCCUGGCACUAUAGUGCCCUGAGGGUGUCCCCACCCUCAGGGUCCCCCUCCCGCCGGGCUGGAUGGCGAGGAAAGGGGUUAAACUUAGCUUUAUUCCAGCACCGGGCGGGGAGCUCUCCUCCUCCUCCUCUCCACCUCCUCUCCUCCCCUUUGGCUGAAUGCGCAUGCGCGGCAAGAACUGCGCGCGCAUUCAGCCGGUCUCAUAGGAAAGCAUUCUUAAUGCUUUCCUUUGGACGCUUGCGUGUUGUCACUGUGAUUUUCACAGUGAGAAGCACGCAAGCGCCUCUAGCGGCUGUCAAUGAGACAGCCACUAGAGGAUUUGGAGGCUGGGCUAACCCAUUUAUAAACAUAGCAGUUUCUCUGAAACUGCUAUGUUUAUAAAAAAAAAAGAAGAGGUUAAUCCUAGAGGGAUCAGGCACCCAGACCAUUUCAUUAAGCUGAAGUGGUCUGGGUGCCUAGAGUGGUCCUUUAAUAUACUGACUCCAGGCACCAAGACCACUUCAAAUCCCUGAAGUGGUCAUGUUGCUUGAAGUAAUCCAAUCGUUUAGGUUGUAAGCUUGUUUCUCAAGGUCAGGGUUCUUCAAACUCUAGCCUUCCAGAUGUUACUGAACUACAACUGACAUGAUUCUCUGGCUAUUGUAUUCAAAGAAUCAUGGGAGUUGUAGUUGAGGAACAUCUGGAGUUUGGAGCACCCUGCUUGUAUGAGCAGACUCCACAACAACCUUUUUGUUCUUGUCAAAAUUUGUAAUAGUUUGUCUCAUUUUGUUGCUAAAUUCCUCUAUCUAAAAUAAUGUAAAGCUGUGUGGAAUUGGUGUUCUGUAAGUACCAUAAAUAAUGUACAUAUUUGUGUAUUUGACAACUAAACAUGUUUAUUGAAAUAAAGGCCAAUAGGCACUAGUUGUCCACGUUGCAUUUCAUAUAAGAUGUGACCGGUUGUCUAGACAUUAUCUAUCACUGCUAUAUAUGUAUGGAUCAAAUUUUUGCAAUUCUGUUCACGAAUCCUCUUAAACACACAAUCCCUUUGUAAACAAAUUGUAGUCACAAAAUUCAGCUCAGUGAUCUGUAGUGAAGAGAUAUCAGGGAUUUCAAGUUGCUUAUUUCAAUGAUAAUCACAAUUCAUAAGACACGAUACCGUGUGUAAUGCAAACAAAUUGAAUUUUGAAAUUAUAGUUAAGAAAAUGGGAAAUGUCUUCAGGAACUCAUCUGGUUUUCCAAAAGCCGUUUCGGAGUAAUCUGCUCCAGUCUUAUUGAAAAUGUCACAAAAAACAUUAUCUGGUGAAAAUUGAAAAGGAAAUUGUACUAGAGUAUUAGAUAGAUUGACAAGUGACAAUGUAUACAAUACAUGGAUAGGAAAUUGAUUCUCGGGUGAUUAAAAUAUGAAAGUUCUGUCUUGGCUUUUUCCUUGUGUUUCUUUUUAAGAUUGCGUGUUGCUGGAAUUUUAGCACCAUAAAAAUGUUGAUUUGCAUUUUUUAUAUUUAUCCCUUAUUUGUUUUUUUGCUAAAUUAACUUUGAUGGAGUGGUAACAUACAUGAGCUUGGACGUUUUAUUGCCCAUCUGUCUGGAACUAACCUUACAACCUACGUCAGUAAAGGGGUCCAUGCAGUCUUCCUUUAAAAAGAAGUGAUCACCUUUUAAGUCAUGUUAAUAGUUUAGAAGCAUUUAUUUGUAUAUAGGCACAUACCCCCCCCCCCCAUGUCCCUUUUUAGGAGGGACAGUCCCUAUUUUGAACCCAAAUCCCUAUGUCCCUCUUUUCUAGGAGAUCCAUAUUGCUGUUGCUGAUAAGAGUCUGCGUCCAUACCAGUGUCUGUGUGUAUACCAGAGCUCCACCGCAAUAAUGUAUCUUGUAUGUAUCUCGUGUAAAUAAGAUACAGUGAUUGUUCUUGUUCUAAAUUAUUUUAUAGUUGCUUAAACGGUUAUUAGUAGGUCACCUAAAUUUUUUUUUCAGAACAGCCCUGCACUUGGCUACACCCCCACUCACACCCCUAAAUUUAAAGUGUCCCUGUUUGCCCAUGUUGUCGGGUAUGUAGGUAGAAAUGUUGCCAGCAGGUUUGCCCACUCACAAAUUAAUAUAACUCUUUGUCUCUGUGAUGGGCUCACAAAGAACCUAAUGGACAUCAUGUCUAUAGUCUAUGUACUUGUUGCACUAAUCAAACACGGAGUCCCGAAAGAUAGCUCUUGUUGGUGUGUGAUUCUUUUGCGUUUGACACAGUAAAUACAAGUAACUAAUAUAUUUUUUGUAGAAGCCUUCAGAAUAAUUGAAAUGAAACAAAAUAAAUGCAGGUGGACUUCUAAUAAGUUGUCUAGGCUUUUGCUUAACUACCCAUAACCCAUUUUAAGUUAAUAGUAAAAAAAAUUGUGGGGGAGAUGAAUCCUUAAAAAUCUGUUCUCCACUUCACAGGCAAAACAGGGAUGUGUUUCCAAAAUAAUUGGAUUAACCUUUCAUUCAUGUAAUGAAUGAUUUUCAAAUCCACUUUUUUUGAUGAAAAUGUCAGGUUUUAAUUUUAUUUGGGAGAGCAAGUCACUGGCUUCAAGGAAGCCAAACUGCUGAGAGGUUCUGUUUAAUAAGGAUUCCCUGUUCCUACAGAAUGCAUGACUUGCUGGGUAAAUAAACAAUCAGUAGAUGCCAUCACCACCCUGCUAGAUGAUUAAUGUGCGAGAGACAAAGCCUGCUUGUUUCCAGUGAUUUAUUAUCUGGAAGUGCACACACAGAUAUCACUGUUCACAAAAGAUUGGGCUAAAAUAAUAAAGUAACAAAAGGCAAAUGUAGCAUUCGGAAUUAUGACGCUUCAUACUGUACAGCUAAUUUUGCAGAUUAAGACACACUGGCAAGUCUUUCUAGAAUUCAGUCUAUUGAUAGAUUUGGUUAAUUAGUGGCUCUCCAACUAUCAUUUUGGAUUUAAUUCUCCCCACUGUUUAUCCAAUAGGACUUUGAGUGUGAUAAGUUGUCAGUGCUUUAUACAUUGUAUCCUAUUCUAUAGAGCUUGAGACCUAUAGUUGCGAAAACACGAUUGCUCAAGUUUCUGAGCCCAAGAUACACUCUUCAAAGGUCAACUUGAUGUAUGUAGGUGAUUCAUAACAGUAAUUUUUUUCUAAAUGCACUUUGGUGAGUUUUAUUGUGUUUGGCCUCACCAUAGUUUUUUCGGCAGCUAGCCUACACUCUCUGAGAGAUUUUAACUUCUAGACCAGAACUGGAGCCAUGCUGAGAAGGUCAGUACUGCUGUUCAUGGCUGGUUUCUGGUCACUGGUCCUUCUGAAUCAUAGUCGAUGCUAUGGGUUUAGCUGUCACAGGUUACUUUGGUUGGAGUCUGUAGCGCACAUAUGUUUGCUCACCCUUGCAGAUAAACACGGUCCAGGUGACCAGGUAAGAAGCCACCUGGACAGUGAAUCUGUGCACGAGGGCUGUACAGGAAAGGUGCUCCAAUACGCAGUACAGACAAGGUCACAAGCAGAAGGAUAGUCAGGGGUAAGCCGAAGUCCGAGGAAGCCAAAGGUCAGGAUAAACAGAGAGUGGAGCCAAGGUCAGAAGCUGGGGGCAAUCUGGAGAACAAGUUCGGGAGACUAGAAAACAGGAACUACAUACGAUCACUAGAGUCAAAGAACUGGCAAAGUUCCCAGGGCGAGGCAGCGCUUAAAUACCCAGUUGAUGAGCGAUCUGCCUCAGGUGAAGUACAGGUAAUCGCCACAGAAGAAGUUCAGCCCCCAGUGCUGCAGAUAUUGAGCAACAACGCCUGACCGUCUGGAUUUAACGUGAGAACCGUGACAUUAGCUAAGAGUAACUGAAGAAAUGCAGUGUGAAGUUUGAAAUACAAUGCCUGUCUUUGCUCAUUUGCAUAUCAAGUUGGGAACUCUGGCCCGACCCCUGAGCAGUGGGUGGGGGCCCUAAAUAAAAAAUAUAACCCCCCGUCCCCGGGUGACUAGGGGUCCCCAAAACCCGUAGUCACCCCCCUCCCCCCAAAAAUUAACCCCAUACCUACUCCCCUCACCCUAAAAAUAAUGAGGGGGGACCAUUUAACUAAGUACCUGGAAAAAAAACAAAAACUUACCAUUUUAUGUUUUCUUUCUUCUAAUAUCUUCUUUUUUCAGCCCCAAAAAAGGCCAAAUAAAAAGCCAUAAUAACCGACGCACUUAAAAAACCAACCAAAAAAACCAAGCGCAAACAAAAAAAAAUAAUCCAUCUUCACCCGGCGAGGCUUAUAAAGCCUUGCCCUGCCCUGCAAUUAGGCUCAGAGCACUCUGAUUGGUGGAUUUCAACCAUCCAAUCAGAGUUCUCUGACAGGUAAAUGAAGAGACUGACCGGUAAGUCUCUACAUUUACCUGUCACAGCACUCUGGUUGGUUUGAAAUCCACCAGAGUGCUCUGUGUCAUUUUACACAGCGUGGGAAAGUUCUUUGGGAUUUUCCCAAGCUGUGUAAUUUGACUCAUAACAUUCUGAUUGGUGGAUUAAGUAACCAAUCAGAGAGUUAUGAGUCAAAUUACACAGCGUGGGAAAACACCAAAUGUACCUAUUAGUAAUGAAUGCUUGUAAAAUGUUUUAUGCACAUUGUUUACGCACUACGUUACAAAUAUGUAUGUUCCUGUUACACCCACUAUCAAAACGGAGCACAAGCAGCUACCGCUUGGAAGUUUAAACUCCCAUCCCCCAGGUGUGACAGACACACCGGACCCCUCCAGGUCCAAGCACUCACGUCCUAGACCAAACCCCAACACCCUUCCCUAAAACCUUAACCCCACUUUGCCCUACAGCGAGAACAAGGCUCAACCCCGUAACUAAGCCUCCACAACUCUUGGCAUCUCCCACCCCAGCCUCCAAUACCGACCACCAUGAAACUAUACACGCACAACGUUAAAGGACUUAACACGCCCCACAAAAGACGCAUACUACUAGAAGAUUUGAAAUGCAAUAAGGCAGACAUAGUCUGCAUACAAGAAACACAUUUCGUUUCAAACCGCACCCCUACAUUUGCCACAAGGCACUGCUCGCACCAAUUCCAUGCAACCUUUCCCUCCAAAUCAAGAGGAGUCUCUAUUCUUCUCCAUAACUCCCUCACAGUCGAACCUCUCCAAACCAAAAUCGAUAGCCAGGGACGAUUCAUUAUACUCCAUUGCCUGAUCAACAACAACCCACUCCUGAUAGUAGGCCUAUACAGCCCAAACAACCACCAACACAAUUUCCUAUACAGAGUUCUCACAAAACUGCUGGCUGAUACCAACUCCCCAGUAUUAAUAUGUGGAGACCUAAACCAUACGAUGGACUCACGCAUAGACUCCACAGUCCCCGACACCUCAAACAGACACCUUAUACUCAAACGUAGCAACAAAGCAUUUGCAAAAUUACUACACAACCAUGGACUGUACGUCGUCUGGAGAACACUCCACCCAACAACUAGAGAAUACACCUAUUAUUCACAAGUCCACAAGACUUACUCCAGAAUUGACCACAUCCUCUCAUCAGGAACCCUUCUCCAACAAACCGAAGACUGUUCUAUAGGAAACAUAGUGUGGUCAGACCACGCACCCAUUUUAAUGACACUACAAGACCAAUACCAACAUAGUGGCAAACCUCCAUGGCGCCUCAAUGAUACGCUCUUGAACGACAACGCAUUCGCACAGCAACUCAUUCACCGACUACAAGACUAUUUCAAACUAAAUGACACCCCGUUUCUGUGGCAUCCCUAUGGCAGGCUCCUAAAGCAGUCAUGAGGGGAACGCUAGUUAGCCGUACAUCUUACCUAAAACGCAAGCGAGAAAAGGAGCACAUAGACCUCUUGAGGAAACUCCGAGAUACAACAAAUGCUCACCUUCUGAACCCCUCUGAUACACACACUGAUACCAUUAAACACAUAACCAGUCAAAUUAACCGCUUGAACCUUGACAAAACAGUUUACAUGCUCACCAAACUAAAAAUGAAAACGUACACCCAAGGAAACAAAACGGGGAAACACCUAGCACUGAUGCUAAAACAAAAACAAGCAAACUCCAAGAUCCCAUACCUGAUAGCACAAACAGGGGAGAAACUUUUUAACCCACAAGAUAUUAAUGAUGAGAUGGCUGAUUACUACCAAAACCUGUACAACCUAAAAAGCGACACAACUGUGCACCAACCUACGGAACACGAAAUAGACACCUUCCUCCAACGGACGACACUACCAACGCUUUCAAUGACCCAAGCACAAGCCAUACAAGAUCCAAUAACUACACAUGAAAUUUUAGAAACAAUACAGGCACUCCAACCAGGAAAAUCACCAGGCCCGAAUGGCCUAACUAACUUAUAUUACAAACAAUUCGCAUCAAACUUAGCCCCUUAUCUACGGAAAUUGUUCACUCACAUUCUUAACACGGGAACUAUGCCACAGGAAAUGCUGAUGGCACAUGUUGCCGCCCUACCGAAACCGGGGAAACCACCGUACAGGAGCCAGAACCUCCGCCCUAAAUCCUUACUGAAUACGGACGUGAAGCUCAUCGCAAAAAUUUUCUCAAACAGACUAGCACCCGUCAUUCCGACCCUAAUUAGAGGGGACCAGGUGGGGUUUGUGGGGGGUAGGCAGGGAGCAGAUGGCACACGCAAAAUCCUAAACAUGCUACACGGACUGCAGGAAGGGAGGGUCCCAACUGUACUACUCUCCUUAGACGCAGAAAAAGCCUUCGACAGGCUCCACUGGCCCUUACUCCUCGCGGUCCUCCGAAAAUUAGAUUUACUGCCCAAAUUCAUAUCAAUAGUCACAGCGCUAUACUCAGCCCCAACAGCUUGGGUAGUAAACGGGGGAUUCAUAUCCAAACCAUUCUCUAUUUCAUAUGGCUCUAGACAGGGCUGCCCACACCCCCCCUCCCCCCUACUCUACAUAGCAGCAUUAGAACCCCUAACACAACUAAGAGGCGACCCAAAUAUCCACGGAGUCACACUCAAGGGUCAAGAAUACAAAUUAUCCCUAUUUGCCGACGACAUCCUUCUCCCAUAUAUCCCUCCCGAAUUUCCACCAACUCCUCACCCAAUACAGCAGCUGCUCCUAUUACAAAUUAAAUAUCGCAAAAACCCUAGCCCUGGGGAUCAUGGCACAAUUAAAAACCAACUUCACAUAUGACUGGAGGCAUGUUCACAUAAAAUUUCUGGAAGUAAACUUCACACCCACACCUAACACGCUAUUUAAAGCAAACUAUAUCAAGCUGCUUGGUGAAAUCAGAACACUUCUGCAGAGCUGGAAGGUGAAAUUCAUCUCCUUGGGAGGUAGAAUAGCUUCCGUAAAAAAGAAUGGUUGUUUUACCUAAAAUCCAAUAUCUAUUCAGAACAUUACCGAUUCAACUCCCACCCAAAUAUAUCCAGGACCUGCAAAACCUUCUACAUGACUAUAUCUGGGAGGACAAGAAGCCCCGAGUGGCGAAGACAACAAUGUACCGAACAUUUGCCAAAGGCGGGAUGGGUCUGCCAGAUAUAAUGGGAUACUACAGAGCAACCCACAUAGCAUCUUUACUAGCAUCACAGCAACAGCACAAACCAAUGGCAUGGACUGAGAUGGAAAAGAAUUAUGCGAAUGGUCUAUCCAUCUCAGCAUUAGCCUGGCUGUCUAAAACCCAAAGACCAAAACUCGCUGAAAUGCUGCCCACAACCAGGCUACUAUCUCAAUGUGGGACAACUACCGGAAACGUAUGGGCAACAAUGUCCUAUUAUCCCCUGCCUUCCCACUGGAAUCUAUGAAACUCCUAAUCCCGGACUUUAACUACAAACUUUGGCAUAGACACAGCAUUAAAAACGUUCUCACAGCUACUACAAGGCGCACACCUGAAGCCAUUCCCAGACCUCCAGCUCGAAUACACACUACCCAUCACAGCUAUGUUUUCAUAUAAACAACUACAUUUCUGGCAUGCCCUGCAACCGAAACAGACGCUCAUCCAUGACACAGACCCAAGCUGGCAUACUAUUGAACAAAUCUGCACAACAGCCAAGCCAGCCAAAAAACUUAUCUCAAUCACCUACACAUCAGAAAACCUUCGACCCCAACAGCACCCCCCCUCCUUCAUAACUGCAUGGGAAAAAGACAUUGGACACCAACUCUCCAAAGAACAGUGGCACACUAUCUUCAAGGCACACAAACAGCUCACUCUGCAUGACCCACUUGGAAUUAACCGGCAAAAUCUUAUACAGAUGGUACUUAGUCCCCACACGCCUUAAACACAGCUUCCCCGCCACAUCAGAUAUCUGCUGGAGAUGCCAGAGAGACAGGGGCACCAUGCUACAUAUAUAGUGGCACUGUACGGAGCUUCAUCAAUUCUGGUAACAGACUGCGAAUCUAAUCACUAAGUGCACGGGGACACAGCUACCAUUCAAACCUGAAGUAUUCCUUCUCCUCCAAAGGCAACGUACAAGCACCAGACAUACCUCACCUACCAUAUCAUCAUAGCUGCUCUCACUAGCAUUAGUAGGAAAUGGAAGCAAACCACCCCCCCCCCACAAUAACUCAAUGCAUCGCAGUUAUAGACACCAACAAAACAUAUGAAACCAUGGCCAGACGCACAAAACAAGCAGCCCCAUACUGGCUUAAAGCAUGGGGAACCUGGGAAAAACAUAAACCUACUUAAUGCAGACUACCGGCAAAUAUCGUAAUACAAUUAAACCUCCUCGACCAGAGGCAAUACACGAGUCAUCUCUCCCACUGACACCCACUUCGAACAGAGGCCAACCACAAAACAUGGCCACAAUAUCAGUAGCCUUCGCUGCUGCUACCCCUAACCUCUCUCCCCCAUCCCCGCCAUGGCCCAUCGAGGACAAUGACACACACUGUAGCUCAGACCAUAAAACCUAACAACAACAACACCCUCUUAUGGGAUAAGACAGUCGAGGAUAAGGGCACUAAACUACAUGAACCACAAUAAUUCACUAAUAGAUACAAUGACACAAUCAAUGUAAUGCAUGUACUACAAUGUGUACCAUCUCGAGAUGCUGUUUGACCACACGAUGUUAAAAAUGACCAGCUCAUCACUGUAUCAUGGUAGGGCUCCCCCACCCCCUUCCCCCUGAUUACAUUCUGUACCCUUACCCGACUCACAAGCUUACUGCAGUUAUAAAAAAAUGUUUUUUCCUCCCCCUCCAACCUUUUUUUCUGUACCCCCAUGACGAAUUGAAAACCAACAAAAAUUGUCAAAUUCAAAAAAAAAAAGUUGGCGCUAUAUUAAUGCCAAUAAUAAUGCGUCCUCCACCAAUAUACGCUUAUCUGUCAGGCAACCUUAAUUUUCUUGAAAUUAUUGAGUCCACCCAUUGUUUAAUUUGUUUUAAUUUAAGGAAGAUGUUGACGUACAUCCUUUUUACAUGUAAUUUUAUUUUCUUUACAUUUCUUUUUAUAUUCAGAUAAUAGCUUUACGGCUUGAAUAUUGUGCUGAGAUGGACGCUUUCACAAUGAAAACCGUCAAAUCUCAAAUUGGAGAUUAUAGCUAAAUCUGUGAUAGAAUGAAAAUAUCUGUUCAUAAUAAUGGUGUAAUCUGAUUUGUUUAUUGAAAAAAAAGCUUUUAGUGACAGUUUUAUUUUUUUAAAUUGAAGAUAAUCUUUGUACUGCACAUUGCUCCACAUUGCAAAAUCCACUUUGGUUUAUUCCUUGCAAAUCCAUCCGUUUAUUGUGUGAAUUGACACGCAGUUAAGGAAAUAUUUAUCGGAACUGAACAGACAAUGGCAUGUUCCCAGAGUCUUUGCUUUAAUGCUGAGAUGUUCAUAAGACUGAAAUUUAAAAACCGUGUUAAACCAGAAUCGCCAUUCACCAUUUAUAAACUCCAGCUAUUACCCUGGGGUUUAAUAUCAAUUAAUAUCCAUUACUGUAUAAAGACUUUUACUGUGUAAAAUCAAUACAUAUUGUGAAUUAUGUAACAAAUACCAUUAAUAAAAAUGGAAGAAAUUCAUACACCCUAUAACAGUGCUGUAUAACGAUUUCUGAUAUUUCCACUUGCAUAAGUGUUGUUUAUAGGAAUAUUUUGCAGAAUUUUAAUGUGAAGGGUCUAUUGUGGGUCUGUCCAAAAGCGAAAACAAUAGAGGUCUUAAUACAUUUUUUCCCCCCUCUUCUCCGAUUACAAUAAUAGGUUAAUUGCUAUUUGCUAUCUAUUGCUAUUAAAAUUUAUUAUCGAAAAACAGACCUGAUGAUGAUCAAGCUGUGAGUGUCUUAUUGCUGUAGUGUAGAGGUACUUGUAGUUUUUACAUGGCUUAAAUGACACAAGCAUUUUAACUUUUGUGUUGUCUGAAUAUGCAAAAUAUUAUAGGUUUUGUGUCUCUUUAAUGUAACAUUAUUACUCCCCAUCUCUAAACCAAAUGUUGGAAUUGUGUGCUAAUCCCAUUAAAAUGUUGGACAACAGUGAUUUUGUAUCAAUACGUACAAACAUUCAAUUGCAUUCCACAGUGAAUGUUUUACAAAUCGCAACAGAUAUUACCUCUAGAAUAGGUCUGGCUUGAUAAAUAAAACUUUAUUCUCUUAUAUCUGUCACAAUACUAUCACAUGUAUUUAGUGCUACAGAAUUCUGUGUUAUUUUGACAAUAACAAAAGUUCAUGUUUAGUAUCAAACAUCACAUUGACCCCCCAGCAGUUGGCUUUCAAUAACUGUCAUUGUGAAGCCUAAAGUGCUACAGGCCUGAUCAGGGGACUUUCCUCUGUCAAUCUAUAUUUCAGCGUCCUGAUAUUAUUAAUUUAUUAUUUAUAUAGCACCAGCAAAUUCCGUAGCGCUGUACAACGGGGUAUCAGCCAUAAGUUUAUUAUUUUGUGUGACACUGAGCUAUAAGAAUGGACGUCUCUGGAGUGUUUUAAAUGUUGUCUUCCAUUAAAAACAAACAGACAAACAAAAAAAAAUAAAUGCAUUUAAAAAGCACUCCGUACAUCUUAAAGCCGCAGGGAAAAAUAUCAUAAAGUCUCUCUCCAGGACCAUUAAUUGGAAAGCGGAAAUCACAUGAGUUUAUGAACUGCUGUCAAGACACAAGAUAAAUCUCUGUGAACUGUGGUCUGUUGUUCAUUUUAUUUUUAACACAUGGUGCAGGUGGAAAAGGGGGCUUAGCAAUGAAGUUCUAUUUACUUGACCCCCAAAGAGUAGGCUGUAAACCUGUUUGACCCCUGCUGUUUUAUCUUGAUCACAGUGAGCUUUGUAAACUGUGCUGCAGAGGUCUGCUUACUAAAAUGACUAAUGUGAGAACUGCAAUCCAGAUUAUUUCCCUUCUGGCAAAAACAUUAGUAAAAUAAAAACAUUUUCAUUGUUGUGUAUAGGCAAAUAUUAUGGAUGUGCUGAAAGUUAGAUCUCAAAUGGAGAUCAUUUCUUAAAUAUUAUAUAAUUUAGCAAAUGCCGUUGGGGGAAGGGGGGAGUAGAAAGCAAAAACGACCGGGCUUUACCAGGUGUACAUGUGUGGCUAGUUUGCACAUCCUUUACUGAAGAAGACAUGCUUUGUAAUACUGCAUGGACCUCUUGCUCUGCCUCUUGUUCUGGGACUGAGAAUGGGAAUGUCCCAGGCAGAGAGGCACUACAUGCCUUCACAUGGGGAUUUAAUAGACCUGGAUAUUGAAAAAGCAGAGCUGAAAACUGCUUCUAUUCACCAACACUUAAGGCCAAAUAAAAAAAAAAUCCUCCAACUUGUAUACAAUAACAUUGGUCUUCCUUUUAGCCAUUAACGCUUUACGACAUAUAUUUGUGUAGUUGUCCUGGAAUUUAAUGGAUCGCAUCAUGAGACUUGUAGUUCCAACACAUCUAAUUAAAAGUAUAUACAAUUACAUCUUGAAAUUAUACUAGUAGAAAUGCUAGUGAAUAUACAGAUUAAGAAUUUUUUUUUUUUUUUUUAAUAAUCACCAAUCCAUAUUUAGUGUACAAAGCUAUGCAAUUAAGUAAUGGGAAAAGCAGGAGAACCCUUCUUACAGACGGUUCUCCUGCUCUCCAUAAUAUUCUUCUGACAAACACAUCACGUCUUUUCCUAGAGCAUUGUAGGAAUGGAGUUCAUCGAAACCUAGAAUGUGAUGGCAGGUAAGAACCAUUUGGCCCAUCUAGUCUGCCUAAUUUUCUAAAUGCUUUCAUUAGUCCCUGGCCUUAUCUUAUAGUUAGGAUAGCCUUAUGCCUAUCCCACGCAUGCUUAAACUCCUUUACUGUGUUAACCUCUACCACUUUAGCUGGAAGGCUAUUCCAUGCAUCCACUACCCUCUCAACAAAGUAAUACUUCCUGAUAUUAUUUUUAAAUCUUUGCCCCUCUAAUUUAAGACUGUGUCCUCUUGUUGUGGUAGUUUUUCUUCUUUUAAAUAUAGUCUCCUCCAUUUUUUUUUCUACAUGAGGUUAUAAUACAGUCUAAUGUACUGUCAAUGAAGUGUUCCCAAGUCGUGCAGACUGGGCAGGACUGGAUGUGUUUGGGGCCUUUGUUUUGCAGCAACCAUAAAGCAUUGCUGCUAAUGUUGCAUUGUAGUAUUGGUUGGAGUGAUUGAGGGUGCAAUAAUCUAUCUGUAUUAUAACCUCAUGUAGACAAGAUAAAAUGGUUUGCCUGCGCAUAAAAGAAAAGCAUCUUUGCCGAGUUUUCCUAUAAUUUUAAUCAGAGUCCUUUUGUACAUCAUUCCUGGAAUUAUUAUUCUGUAGUGCUUAUUAGUAUAUUGGAUUUUAUUGUUCUGAUGUUUAUCGUCGAUCUCUUCCAUGUGCUCGCUGAGCAUAAGUGUAUUUAGUUGAGCAAAUUAAUUGCUUUCAUAUAACAAGCAAGUGCAGAUACUCUCAAGACUAAUAAAAUUGAAUGGACAUCGUUAACAGAGCUGUUAAGCAUUCAAUUUCUUCUGGUUCCCAAAGAGGCUAUCUCACAUGUGCUUUAUGUUUUAUUGUCUCGGAAUUUUAAAAGCAGGGACAGCCUUUGGCUGCUGUGGAUUUUCACGGUUCCCUCUUUAAUCUGUAUUCCUGCUUUUGUUACUGCAUUAAGCACUGUUGACUUUACUUUGUUUGUUUGAAGUCAGAGGAGAGGCUGUUUGUUUACAUUGACAUACAGAAAACAAAAGCUGAGAAUAUUGGCGAAUGCCGGUUUGUGAACUUGUGGACGUCUGGCUUUCAUGUUCAAGAGUAAAAUGGCCUGAUCUUUCUUUUUUUUGUUAUUAUUAGUGACUCUAUAUGUACACAAAAUGUCUUAUUCACUAAACUCAGCGUUAUAGAGACUUCAAAAAAAAAAAAAACAACCCACAAAUGGCAAUGUAUAGGCUAAAAAAAAAACCUAGUUGGAAAAAUGUAUCCAGCAAUAGUUCCAGUUUGGCGAUUUCAGAUUUCAAUUUGCUACAGUUCAGAGCUUCACAUUUUAGGUUCUGGAAAGUCAGCUUUUUUCAGAUUGGCAAAUCUAGGACCUUUUAUUUUCUUCACUUGGGGAGCCACUAAAUCCCAUUUCCUUUGCUAAAAGUGCAUUUACACAUAUGUGUGUUCGUGUAAUAUUUAUACACACACACACACUAUUACUAUUAUUGUUAUAAUUAUUAUUUUUUUUAAUUCUUUAUUUUUCGCUCUGACAAUCAAGCAUUGUUACAAUAGUGCAGACAUAGGUAGAUAAAUGACUGUACAAGUUUUGUUUGCAUGUAGUACAGAAGACAGAGUAGCAUAGUUAGUACAGGCGUCAGUCACAUACUGUGCACUUUGAGUGCGUUGCCGCCAGAGUUUUUCUCUGGUGUUGGCAAGCAGAAAAAAAAAAAAAAACUAUGUACAGUGGUAGAAUUGUUGAGGAGUGUGCUGUGUCAUGAACUCUCAGGUUGGUUUUGAUGAGUGUGUUGUGUUGUCGUGGCCCAGGCGGAUGUGUGGGGUAUUCUGAUCUUGCCCAGGUAGGUCAGGCAUUGUGCCCUCCCUGUCUGCUCUGUCCAUGCUACCCCCUGUGUGCUGUCAUUCCGCUAUGCGCGUAAUCAGGCAGAGUCUGAUAGUGUUGGAGCUUUUCUCUCCUCCUGUUUGUUUACAUGGUCUGGUGUGCUUGCAAGAGAUAAAAACAUACCAGGAAAGGAUAGAUAGAUAUAGACAAGUAGAGAUUGCAGCGUAUUGAAGUACGGAAAUGAGGUGAUCUCCUGGGGGCUGUGAACCCAGUGGCGCCCGUCCCAGUGGGCUGCGGCCUUUGUUCCGGCUUUAACCAGGUACCCGUUCUGCAGUGGAGCCGCUUCCACCUGUCCGGAUUAUGGUUUGAUGGCGACCGAUGGGGUGAAACGUACCGCAUAGAUGCCGCCCCACGCCCCGGGCCAUGAGUCUAUGUGUCGUAUUGCUCCCAUGGACCCCACACCUUGUGGAAUGUGGUCAAUGCGUUCCGCACUUGGGCCGUGAGUUUAUCCAUCAGAUAAUUAUCGCGUAGUUUUGUCCUGACCAGAGAUAACUGCGGGAGGUCCGGGCAUGACCAGUGUUGUGCUACGGCCCUGCGGGCCGCUAGGUAGAUCAUGUUGAGGAGUUUUUAUUCGUGUCUUGGGAGGCCUUCCGUGGGUCUAGAUAAAAGGCACGCCCAUGGGUCUAGUGUCAUCCAUUUUCGUAAGAUUUGGGAGCUGAAGUUUACUAUGCUGCGCCAGUAGGUCGCCACCUUUGGGCAUUCCCACCACAUGUGUAUGUAGGUGCCUUUCCCCCCACAUAAGUGCCAGCAGUCAUCUGUAGGACGCCAUUUCAUGUGUUUUUGUUUCACUGGAGUCAUGUACCAACGGAAUAGUGUUUUAUAAGAUUGUUCUUGGAGUGUUACGCAUAUAGUGGUUUUGGUGCAUGCCUCCCAAAUGUCUUGCCACUCCGUUCCCUCCAGUACCUCCCCCAGGUCGGCUUCCCACUGGUCAGCGUAUCGGAGUGCGCCCGUCGUGUUGAGGUGGUUGUAUAGUAAUGUAAUUAGCUUGGAUUGUGUAGUCUCCGUAAAGCAUAAUCUCUCGAAAAAGGUUAGUGGUGUCAGGGCUGCUUUUUUUACGUCAGGUCUCUGUGCAAAGUCUCGGAUUUGCAGGUACCUGAAAUAGUCUGUAGUUUGUAGUGUGGCUUUGGUGUUCAGGUGUGCGUAUGUGACUAUUUCCUGGUUUAUGAAUAGGUGGACGUAUCUUUGGAGCCCUGUGGCUUCUAGCCCUAUUCUGAAAGACCGGUGCCAUGGGAGACAGGGGGGGGGCUCAGUGAGUGUUUCAUUUUAGUUUGGUCCCAUAUCCUUAUGGAGUUCAGUAUGGCCGGAUUUGUGGUUUCGGUGCCCAUAUGAAGAAUUGUGGGAGGUCUUGUCCCGUCAUUAGGGACUCCAUGUCGACCCAGCGUCAUGCGCCAGGGGGUGUGUGCCAUUGUAUGAUCUGGGCUAGCUGUGCCGCUAGGUAAUAACUAUAUACAUUAGGUUUUGGUCGGUACAUGAGGGUGCGUGCCAUUCUCGGGCGUUUGUUGUACCAAAUGAAGGAGUCGAUUGCCCGCUGUAUGCCUGCCAGGUCCCCCCGGGAAACUUGCACCGGGAGUUCCUGAAAGAGGAACAGGAGCCUCGGCAGCACAUUCAUUUUUAUUGUGUUGACGCGUCCCAGCCAGGAUAUGGGCCUAUGUGUCCACUGCUCCAUUUCCGUAAUCAGGGUCCAGAGCAGUGGUUUGUAAUUGCGGGCAUAGAGCGACGAUAUGGUUGCCAUUAGGCGGACCCCUAGGUACAGGAAUUCCUCUGUGGUUAUUUUUAAGCGAUAUUGUUUGCGUAUGUGCGCUACGUCUUGGGGCUGUAUAUGGAAGGGCAUUGCUACUGACUUGGAGUAGUUGAUUUUGUAGCCUGCGAUGUUCCCAAAUCUCUCUAGUAUAUAAUUAUUUUUAUUGGUAUUUAUAUAGCGCCAGCUAAUUCCGCAGCACUUUACAGAAUUCUAUAAUUAACUGUAAGGGCCAUGUUUAAUACUGUCAUAUAUUUUAUAUGGGAGGUAGGGUGGUGCAAGUAGAUUCUGCGCAUCAUUUGUUAACCACCCAUCCUACAUAGUUUUUCUGUAUGGCUGAAUUUGUAAAAACCUUUUUUAAUGCAUUUACUUGUAGCUCUACCCUUCAUACAAUUUACCAUUGACAAUUCAGCGGCUAACUCCACUUACAGAUUGCGUUAUAUCAUAAUAUACUAUAUUAUAUGUUUUUUUGUGUGUGUCUUACAUAGUUUGAUACAUAGUAUCCCCCUUCUCAUUUUAGACAUAUAGCACUCACCUCCUUUGUGAAUUCUUGACACGUAAUCUAAAAGCGCUGAAUUGUUCGGCUUUCUUUAAAUAUUGCUUACAUGGCGAUCUCCAAGGAUAUAAUUAUAUUUUAUUGACAGAUUGAAGUAAAGGGGAUGACAAAUGGACAGUGUCAGGUCUCUGUCAACAAAUUGCCAUUAGAUGCAAAGAAUGUUGAUGUUGGCAGUGGCGUCACUUGGCAACAAACUGCGCAUCACCGUAAUUCAUUGUUUGUGUUUUGUCUUUCCCAUUUUCCCAUGCAAUCAAGAUCCGUAAGAAACGACAUAGCAAAACCUAGACUGCAAUCUGCAUUAACCUUUUUAAACUUUUUUAGAAUCAUAUUCAAAACAAGAGGAAGGGGACCAGACCUAUAAGAAAACCUAAACCUUCCAUUUCAUAUAUUUUACAUAUACACUCCUACACUAAAUGUAUUAAGCUUACAUCAGUGGUUGCCUCCUGAUUAGGUAUAAGGCAAUUCCUGAUUUCUUUUUAGCAACUAUUUGUCUAAUAGUUUUGUGAUUGUUGCAGUUAUUCUCUCUACUUGCGUAGACUAGGGUUGAGUUAUACCCUGUUCUGCAGCUUCAUAUUCAACACCUUAACGAUAAUUGACAGUCCAUGCCAUGAUAACAAUCUGGAGUUUAAACAUCCUAUUUCAAAAUUGAAUAUCUCACUUGCUUAAAGAAUUCACACCUCUUUAGCUAUUGCCUUGUAAAUAAACAGUACACUCCCUACUGAGGUGGUCUUAGAUGAACAGAUUGAUACUGGCAUGGAACUUCAUUGCUACUUAAAGAUUUAUCAUGUACUUUGUAUGGAAUCAAAUUAUUUUACAGAGUACUGGUUCUGGUCUACGUGAUUAUAUAUCUAUAUAUAUUCAGCUCUCUGAUAUACAAUGUCUGAGAUGGUUCCUCUGCUUGUUUAGGUCUUUAAGAUGUUAUGGUGCAACGAGUUCUCUGGGCACUUUCUUAUUUCAGUGGGUUAAACCAGUAACUGACAGUUUAACCCAAAAGUGAUGAACCUAGAGCCCAAUCACUCUGCCCAUCAACAUCUGCCGCAAUCCGAGGCUUGAAUCAGGAAGCCUCGGACAGGUGCUCCAUCGAUAGUAUGAGAGGAUAUAGAGUAUAGUGUAUGUUGACAAACUGCUUAACCACUUGAGUUAAGCCAACACCUAGGUGAUGAAGUUGAUAUGGUGCAGAGAGUGUUCCUUUACAUUAACUGGGGUGGGUGAGUGGCAGAAUGUAUACAUCAACCCCACUUUCUUAAAAUAAUUCUAUUACAAAUCAGGUUGAUACAAAUUAUCUGGAGAAUGUGGGUAGUAGGACAAUGCUUUUAAUGUCCAUGAAGAUUUUCCAAAAGAUCUGGAUUUACCUGUAGUGUGUCACGCUUACGCCCGGCAUUAUUAUAGAGCAGUUGGGUAAUAAAGGGUCAGGAAAGAUGACCUCUUUCAUUACAUCAAUAGUUGAACUACUGUAACAAUGCCUUGGAGUAUGGGCUUAAACUGGAAAUGUAGUCCAGCUGGUCGUUCACAUUCCUGGUUCAACAGACCAGACAACACACUCUUUUAAAGACAAUAUUUAAAGGUGAAUCUUGAACAAAGCAACCAUAGGGAGAUUGUGCUUGGGCAUUUGUUGCUCGAAGCAGCACAAAUUAGACUGGAUUAAUGUUAAUCUGUCAGUUGAAUAAUAACAAAGGAAGCAGAAUGGAAGCUGAUCUAAUAGUAAGGUACUAAUAGCAACCUCAUUAUUAUCUUUUUUUUUUUUUUUUUUAAACUUAAAGCAGAAGAUCAGUUGGAUAAGCAGGAAAUGUUAGUAGAUAAUCCUCCUUUAAGUGGCAGAUCUAGCAAUACUUUUCUCAGUUAAAAAAAAUAAAUAAAAGGGUUUCCUGAAAAUAAAUUGUCUGUGUCGGGAAAGCAAUGACCAUAAAAUAAGGUACUUGAACAUAUUGUUGGAAUCUUCCUGAAUGUUUCACUAUUUGACUCGGCCUGUGUUUCGAUAACAGUUGGGUCGCGCGCGUUAGUAACGUCCCGUGCCUCCAUUAUGAAACUCAGUGGUUUGUCGCACUUCAAUCUUGUAUAAACCUCCAUGUACUUUUCUAAAGCCGUUGUGUUCCCGAAAUGAUUGUGCAUGACUACAGAAUUGAUGAGAUGGCUGAGGUUCUAUUGGCUGUAUGUAACUGGUUUAUGGUAUAAAUGAAUGAUGGACUGCGAGAAUCUCCAGGGUAGUUUAAGUUUCCUCUGCUUGUUAUUGAUUCACCGUAGUAAUCCUUAAACGCUCCCAUAAUUGUAGAAUCAAUCAUCUUGAAUAUAUGUGUUUUGUCAUUUAUUUAUUUAUUUUGGGUUAAACAUUAGUGGAAAUGGAAUUUGGAUGUUUAUGAAGAAUAUUUUAAACAAGGAAAUUGACUUGUUAGUUUAAAUAUUAGGAAAAAAAAAGUGUGGUCAUAUAAAAAGGGGAAAAAAAGCGUGGAUGUAGUUUGUAAUUAUAAAUGAUAUUGAACAUACCAUUCUUGUAUCCACGCUGACAAUAUCUUGUAGUUUGUAUCAUUUUAAAACUACUUACCUAAUCCCAGAUGACAAUUCUGCAAUGACUUCAGGAUCAACAGAAAGGAGGAAAUCGAAGUUAUGGGGUUUGAGAACUCUCCAGUUUCGACAGAGUCUCAGGAUUUGUGGCUGAACUGCAAGAUUUGUUCUUACUUCUCUAAGUCUGAAUUUGUUUGAAUGAGGUCAGGCAAAGCGCACUCACAGUUUCGACAUGCACCCCUCUGACUAGAAAAGAGUUGAUCAAAUUUGGCAACUGUUCAUGACAAGUGGCAAGUUGCCAUGUGUGACUGGAAAUUAAGUGCACUAGUUGUGGCCAAAUGUCACAAAUCUGGUAGCCACAUUAGGAAAUUGGUGUUUUUUUUACAGAGUGAGCGAUACUUGAAACUCCCAGUGGGUGUGUUCCUUGCCAAUGUUACCGUUGAAAUUCCAACAUGAAAACAUGUAACUCACCAUACAAUAACACUAUGUUUUGACAAGUCAAGGUUUACGCAAGUGGACUGGGAAGUUUCAAUGUAGAUAUUAUACACUGGUCAGCCACAACAUUAAAACCACCUGCCUAAUAUAGUGUAGGUCACGCUUGUGCUGCCAAAUCAGCCCUGAUAUGUCAAGGCAUGGACUCCACAAGACCUCUAUGAACAUGUCCUGUUUAUUCUGGCUCCAAAACUUUAGCAGCAGAUCCUUUAAGCUGGAAGAAUCUCUAGGUAGGUGGUGGGUUAAAAUAACAUUCACAUGAAUGCCAAGACCCAGCGGAAUAUUGCCCAGAGCAUAACUCUGCCUCCGCCAACCUGACUUCUUUCCAUAAUGCAUCCUGCUGCCAUCUCUUCCCCGGGUAAAUGACGCACAUGUACCCAGCCACCUACCUGUCCAAAACCUGGUAAAUCAGACCAGGCAACCUUCUUCCAUUGCUUUAUGGCCCAAUUCUGACGCGCAUGUCCCGAUUGAAGGUGCUUUUGGCAGUGUAACUUCGCAGCCUCAAAAACUGUAAUGCACUGUGUAUUUGAUACCUUUUUUAUUAUUAUUAUCAUGGACAGCAUUACAUUUGUCAGCAAUUUUAGCCACUGUAGCUCUUGUGUGUGUUUGGACAAGGUGGGCUAGCCUUCGCUCCUCACAUACAUCAAUGAACCUUGGGCACCUGUGAUCCUAAUGCUUGUUAACCAGUUGUCCUUCCUUGCACCACAUUUGGUAGGUGCUAACCACUGCAUACCAGGAACACUCCCUUGCCAUUUCGGAAAUGCUCUGACUCAGUCAUCUAGCUAUCACUAUUUGGCCUUAGUCAAAGCCACUUGGAUCUUUUUGCUUGGCUAUUUUUCCUGCUUUCAACUCAUGAAAUUCAAGAACUGACUGUCUAAUAUAUCCAACCCCUUAACAGGUGCCAUUGUAACAAUAUAACCUCUGCCAUUGUAACCUAACCUCUGAUUCCAACAGCCUGCCCUGACAGUCUUAAAUCCUAAUCCAUUGACUCAAUUCUAACCACAGUUACUAACCUUAGCUGGUAGCUCAAGGCUGAGCUCAUUAUUCUCUGUUUCAAAAUGAUGAAAUCAAUAAUUUGUUUACCGACCUUGAGGAGAUUCUACCUAGAACCUUUGUGAUAAUUAGGCAAUUCUUGGACUCAACUUGUUACGUAGUUCAUAUCACAGAAAAAUUGUAUGGAGAUGUGAUAUUUAAACUGCGUAAUAUAUUAAUUUAUUUGUGGAAUGAACAAUGGUAUAUUUGUUAUUCUCUGCUAGUUGCAAAAUAUUUUGUAUUUUUUUUUUUUUUUUUUUUACUAAUCUUAGGUUUUUUAUAACUCCAGAUCUCAUUUUUUUUUCCAUCUUUGUGGUGAAGGCUGAACUUGAUGGACACGUGUCUCUUUUCAGCUAUGUAACCAUGUGGUGAAGGUACGCUCAAGGUUCUCCUUUGAUACAAUAUCUUACUGAGAGUUAAAAGUAGCCCUGACAUAGCUUGUUGCUGAGGAGACAAGGUGAUACGGGACAUAUUUUUUGCAAAAUUGCCUCAACAGUUUUAUUUAUUUAUUUUUUAAAGAAAGAUUUGGUAGAGUAUUAUGUGGGAUAAUGACAGCAUUUAUCUCUAAAUGAGUUUUGUUAUGUUAACCUACUGCAUAACAACAAUAAUACUUUAUUUGUUUGCAUUGACCUUUCCUUGAACAUUUUAUCUGCACAGAAAAGAUUCUGAAAACGUCGAUUAACUCCAUUAAAUUUUUUUUUUUUUUUUUUUUUUUUUUAAACUCACUGACUCAUUCAGUGGCAGUUUUAGAAAAGCUUUUUUCUAUUUUGCUAAUUUAAUAUCUCAUUGGAAGUCGAUGAGCCAGACAUCAUUUCUGCAUGCAAAUGAUAUAGUCAAAUCUACGUUUUGAAUUGCAAUAGUCACUUGGAGCAUUCGUGGCCGUGUCCUCUACUAUCCGGAAUUGCAGUGAAACACCCUUUCCUGUUUGGAAACACUUGCAAAUUACUAACGCAAGCCUUAAUGGAAAUGCAAUUAUCAUAUUCGCUAGUUUUGCUUUACUUUAAAACAAUUUCUUUCCGAAAUACUAGUCAAGACAAAGAUGGGGAUGGACCGAAUUGGCAUCAAGAAUAGACCAACUUUUUUGUUCUUAAGCUAAUACAACCGAACCUUUUUUUUUAGCAGCAAUCUUGAUGUUCAUGAUAUAGCACACAUAACAUAUGUACCAACGAUGGAUAGGUAUGUAAAUAAAAAUACGAAAACAAAAAAUAAGUGCUCUCUAUCUAAUCAAUAAAAGCUGGUAUUCACCAACAAGGAGUUCCCUUAACAAAUUGAGACAGAUAAAAGUAGUUAGGUGAACAGCGCUAGACGUAUAGGUUACAUACGUCAGAAGAUGGGGUUAUAAGUCCGAGGUUGUAUAUCUUAAAAAAAUAGAAAAAAAACCUGUAAUAGUGCAAUAUGUAAUAGUGGUGAUGUGGAUAUAUUUAUAGUGCCAAAGGAACACUCACACAUUAUUGAGCUAUAUAAGCUCUAUUUAUGGCGCCUGGACAGAAUAAGCUCUGUCUAUGGAUUUCUUUAUGGAUGUCAGUGCAAUAUUGCUUUCAAGUAAAUGGAGGAUAUCAUAUGUAAAAGAAAAGCAUACACCCAAUGGUGUAGUAUAUAAGUACAAAGCAGGUGAAAAAAGGAAAAACCUACUUACAUCAACUAGAGCAAUGACCCGCUCUAGUGUAUGGAGCUAUAGGUGGAACAAACCCCACCUAGGGAUGUACGUGGACCCGGAACAGCUGCAAAGUAGUCUUGACGUGAGCUACAAAAAUGGUCCUCACUUUGUAAAUAAAAAAUGUGUGUGUAUCAGGGCCAAGUAAAUUGUAAGAAACACUGUUUUAAAGGUCAGGGGAAGUUCAAAGGCAUUACUACUUUUGGAAAACAACUAUUGCCUUGACCCUUGUGGUACAGUUUAAUUUUAAUCUGAAUUAAUUUAUGGCCUCUUGGUGUUUCUUAAUUGCUGUUUCGAAGCUUAUUAUUUAUAUGCCGUCUCUGCUGGAAUGGCAGGAGAGAAAGAAAACAAAACAAAUUAAAAAGUACACUGAAAAUAACGAACAAAAAAAGAGAGUUUAUGUUGAUUGCUUUAAAUGUUCUCCGUUAAAUCUCUGCUUUGUUUUUUUUUUGUUUUUUUUACCCAUCUCUGAGGGAUAGCCUUAUUUUGUUCAUAUAUUCUUGAUGAGAUCUUUUCGUACUUUAAAGUCUACAUGGAGCCUUGCAAACAAAAUAAAAUCUCGGUUUGCUAGCAGAAAUUUCUAUAUCAAAUGAGAAAUAGGCUUGAAGUAGACUUUUCAUUUAGACAAGAGUCUCGUAAUAUGUAUGAGAAUGCAAUUUUACCUUAUUGAUAACAUGUUAAGCAGUAGCAAAAUACCUCCAUCUCUACGAUCUGUAGCAAGCCCAUCUGGUUCCAUCAACGGCUAGGGGACCAUUCCAGCAUUUUAACGAUGUCAAUGAGAUUUCAGCCUUCUUGGACCCAGCUGUCAAGCUGUUGUUUAAAAACUUAUGUAAUAAUUGAAACUCUGCUGGGGGAGAGAUUAAGUCAAUACCUUGCUUGUUAUAUUUCAGUCCAUAUAUGCUUGUAUUGGUCUCUUGAUGGUGUGUUCUUAUUAAAUGUGAUUGGAAUGAAAUAAGUUGAUUUGUUAAACGGGCAAAGACGACAGUAAACAUCUGUUUUCUGGAUGUAAAUUACACAAAGUUAAUGCUAUUUUUCUUUUCUUUUUCUUACAGAGCAGCACAAAAGCUCAACUUGUCGUCGAAGCGGAAGAAAUAUCAUCCUCCACUUCCUCAUUCUCGGGAAUAUUGCACAUACUCCACCAACUUUAGUGGGAUUAUCCAGUUAUGCCCGCCUCCUACGCCACCGUGUUUAAUGAGAGCUGUAUCAAAAAUCAAGGACCACCCAGGAAUUGGAAAGGUACUAUUCAAUUUGAGUUUGCCAUUGCUUUCCCCAUGCGUUCCCAGAUAAUGUGAUUCUGUGCCAGUUCUGGUGUAAUGGAGUCCAAUGACGACAUAUAGGGGAUAAUGUUGUUUUAAUUGGCGUGGAGAAUUCUGGGUAAUGUAGUUUAAGUGGCAGACACUAUUACAGCUUGCUAUGGCUUGUUCAAUAAACACACAUUUCACGCUUAAAAGGAGCUGUGAGCUAACCACAUAGAUCAGUGACUCUUAACCUUUUUAUGUCAAGGAACAUUAGCUGGGUGACACAUUCUUUUACUGGGAAAUUAACUCGACGACCCAUUCAUCAGCUGUAGCAUAAUUAAUAGUAGUGGUAAGUUUUAAAAGCACCUGCAUUACACCCUAUCAAUGGCAUCAUGAUUGCAUUGGGGAAGGCACUACUGCACCAGUAAGUGCCUUUAAUACAUCCAGCCUGAUCUUGGUAGUAAAGACCCCUCUCCCCACCCCCAAAAGACAUGGGGACCCUGUUCAAUGGGUUCAACAACACUGACAUUAAUAAAACCUAGAACGCAUGUAGAAUUUGAGAUCACAGUUCUUGGUGAUAUGCUCAUAGUGAAAAAUAUAUAUAUAUAUAUAUUUUUUUUUAUUAUAGUUCCAAAAAUGUUAGAAUUUAAAAUAUGCCAGGAUGCAUUGCCCCUAGCCAAAUCAUUAAUCUCUGAGGUGUCGGCAGAUGGCAUAAACAUUGUACACGGCCCAUUAAUACAUUUCUCUAGGUAAAUAAUAUACUAAACACACUCGUCUUCUCUCUACUUCACAUACAAAAGAUGAUCCUACAAAACAAUUCAUAUUUUAUUCAGCGGAAUGUAUUGCAUCUAAGGAUGAUCACAACCCUUGCAGAAUCCACCCACCAUUGAUAAAUGUAAUUGUGCAAAUUACCCACUCUGUGUUUUAAUGUGUUAGAAACAUCACACCGUUCUAUCCACUUAGAUAAACUCACCCUUUAAAAGCAAUGAGCCAAUACAACAUGCUUCUCUUCACAGAUUCUUUUUUCUCUUUUGAUGUUAUUACAUUUAAUGUUGGAACGGUGUAAAUGAUGUCUGAAUGCAGGUUUUUUUCUCCUUUUUGUGAUGGCUCUAGAAAUAACUCGGAUUAUGCUCCAUCUCUGACAUUAAUGUGCUACUUAAGGUAAUUUAUCAUCCUGUGGCAUUAAAAAGACAUGCCUUUUCACUGGGAAGGCUGCGGAGCAUCUUAUAUUUCCAUUUCCUGACUACAAUUUAGCAGGGCUGACGAGUUUUCAUGUCAAACGUGUUCUUUUUCUUCUGUUUAAGAGGUCUCUAAUCAACUUUGCAUGAGGCACUUACAGGAGCAGUUUAGUGAUGCUGUCAUUUUGCCAAGAACUAUGAAGGUUUCCUUAUAAACCAAUGAGAGAAUAGAAAUUGCUAUAAUAAUAAUAUUAUUAUUAUUAUUAUUAUUAUUAUUAUUAUCAUCAAAGUAUUUAACUAGGAAAGGUACAUUCAGAUUACUCUGGUUUUCAAGUUCGUCCUGGGGAUGUUAUAUAGAGGUAUAAAUAUUUUAAUGGGGUAUGUGUAUAUGUUAUAAUGCUCUGACCCCCCUAAUUGGUUAUGGCUGGGUAGUAAGGGUGGAUGGUCAGAUGGUUUUGGUAUUCCAGUUAGGAUGUAAUUGCUCCUUUUUGGUCCCAUUUUAUUUUGGCUUUCAUACCAUUUAACAUGUGGUACAUGUCUUAAAGUGGGCGUCUUCUUCACAUAAGCGUGGCCAUCGUCGAGUAUAUUUGCCCCAAGAUGGCUUUGUCCUCCAAAUAGUGCAUUCUUUUAUUUGAAGUAUUUCAAAAGUAUUGAUUACGACCUCUUAAUCAAUGGCAUAUAGGCAGGGUCUAAACUAUUAGUAUCUUAACUAUAAGUAGAAGUAACUAUCGGCUGGUUUGAGCAAUGGUAACAUAACUAUAUAUAUAUCCGACUAUCUUUCUAGAAUUGCAAAGCUGAGAUCUUUUUUGUAUGAAUGUGACUACUACUACUAAAAAAAUAAAAUAAAAAAAAUAAGUAUAGAAAUGUAAUGUUUUCAUUUGGCAGUUGCCAUAUGUAGAUUAAAUUAUUCUCCACUGUAUUACCGUAUCAGUUUUCCACGAGUUACAAUUUAAUUUUGGGUGCUUUGUUGUCGUUUGCAUGGGACAUCUUUUUUUUUUUUUUUUUUUUUUAAACCCUUGGGCCUUCUAGACAUUGACUCCGUGAUCUUUAAACAUUUACUUGAAGGUCAAAGGCAACAUGAAUACAUUUUUGCACAGAAAAGUGAUCCUUGCCUCAGACAGCUGCUACAUAAUAACACAGAGCCUGCAUGGUGGAAUAGUCAGAUUGUGGCAAAUUGGGUAUUGGCUGAAUAGCAUUUAACAGGCAGGAUACACAAUCUCCAAUCCCCAAAGCUCAAUAGGAAUUAAAACCCUAUUCUAUCUGUUACCAGAUGUAUAUCCCUGUCGACAUCAAAAUUCUACUGCACUUGCUCCAUAAUCACUUAAAAUGCAGUCCCUGUAAGAUAGAUGCAGUAUUUAGCAAAUAAAAUGUGCCAGCUGCAGGUUAUGGAAGCAAACAAACAACUUGUACAAAACAUUCUCUAUAAACCAAUUUUGCAAGGUUUAUGCAUAUCUGUCAGUUUCAAUUAGACAGAAAGGAAUAUAUUGGCAUCGUGCAUAGACAGCCCUAAUUAGAUUUACACUGCAGCAAAGAAACUGCAAGUUUCAUUGGGGAAAUGAAUUGUAUAAUUACAGAAAAAUACUUGAGCUCUAAAAAUUGUUGCGAUUAUACAUCUAUCUCAUGUAAUCUAUAUGUGGGUUCAGGCGAGGAAAAAUAAAUACCAAUUAAAAAGCUUUGAAUUGCAGGAUUAAAUGAACAUUCACUUUAUUAUAUCUGUGUAUAUAUAUAUAUAUAUAUAUAUAUAUAUAUAUAUAUAUAUAUAAAAAAUAUAUAUAUAUCCUGAUGAAAGUUCUGUAUUAAGAACUGAAACGUCGAUUUUGUGUGGCAGCUGCUGAAUAAAAGCUAAGUUUUUUUCACCAUUUAUUUUUGAAGUCCUUAGAGUGCUAUUACCUACCAUUUUAUUUUUAUGUUAUUUGCUUUAUUAGCACCAGGCAUUAACCUAUCUUUACAGGAGUGCAAGUACUUGAAUAUUUUAUAUAUAUAUAUAUAUAUAUAUAUAAUAUAUAUAUUAUAAAAAAUGCAAUAAUCCCCUGCACUCACUCUCAAAAAGUGACAAUACCGGGCGCAUCACCAAGGCUCCAAUAGAUAGAAAUACACCAAGGAAGGCUGCUCUCCGGGUUUAAAACAAAAUUUGAUACAAUUUAAAAAUAACAACCAACGUUUCGGUCCCUGCUUGGGACCUUCUUCAGGGUCAAAAAUAAAACGGUGUCCUGUUGUAUUUUUGACCCUGAAGAAGGUCUCGAGCGGGGACCGAAACGCUGGUCGUUAUUUUUAAAUUGUAUCAAUACAUUUUUGUUUUAAACCCGAAGAGAAGCCUUCCUUGGUGUGUGUAUCUCUCUCUCUCUCUCUCUCUUCCCCCCCCCACCCCCCCCCAAGGAAGGCUGCUCUUCAACAGGACACCGUUUUAUUUUUGACCCUGAAGAAGGUCCCGAGCAGGGACCGAAACGGUUGUUAUUUUUAAUUGUAUCAAUAAAUUUUUGUUUUAAACCCGGAGAGCAGCCUUCCUUGGUGUGUUAAUAUAGAUAUAAUCUCUUUACACUACAAUGUUGCCUCAGUUUUUGAGAGAAAAUAGUGUUUUAUGAGAUUUUCUUGCUUGGCUGCAGUCGAAUGAUUGCCAGAGAUGAUGAGGAUUAUUAUUAUUAUUGGCAUUUAUAUCGCCAACGAAUACCGUAGCGUUUUACAAUAUUAUAGGAGGGGGAGAUUUAACAAUAAAUUAGAUAAUUACAAAAACUUACAGGAACAAUAGUAAGAAGAGCACCCUGCUCAAACAAGCUUACAGUCUAGCAGUAUCGGCUUACACAAUUUCGGGUCACUUGGGUUAGGUUUUAACUGAGCCCACAUUACACAUCAACACACUGUAAGACAGACAACAUACCUCCCAAGAUUCCAAAUGGACAAAGAGGGACACUUUAAUUUUAGGGGUGUGGCCAGAGGCGGGACUGUACUGCGAAAUUUAAGAUGACUUACUAAUAAUUUAUGUAACUAGAAUGUGGUUUAGAACAAGAACAAUGUAUAUUUUGUACACAGACUGAUUUCUAAACACAUUUUUUGUAGUUUAUAGACACAUUGCUGGGAGUAUUAUUGCUGUGGAGCUCUGUUAUACACUCCAACACACCAACAAUAUGGAGAUACUAGAAAAGAGGGACAUUCUGAGUGAAAGGGGGGCAGAGGGAUUUGGGCCCAAAAUAAGGACACUUGGGAAGUAUGCAAACACCUCUUUUCCCUGGUGGGAAAUGUUACCGUAUACAUGAUUUUAAACAAUUGAUGUUUAAUAUUUAAUCUCUGUAUAACUACACUCAGUGAAAUUGUAAAAAUUGAAACCGGGGCAGAAUAUAAAGAAGAUAUGAUGCUCUAGACUAGCACAAAAGACAAUUUUUCUCUCUCCCUUGAAAGCUCUCGUUAUUUUAAUGUAGGUGACUUUAGAGCAUUCCAUUUUCCUUUUCUAAGGUGCAUUAUGUGGUGGGUUUUGGCAUUUGUGAGAUGCAUCGGAGGUCUAAAAAGCGGACGUUACAGAUACGAACGCAAUCCUCUUCGUCCUGCAUUUGUUUUUUGUCGGGAGGAUGGGUAGACACACUGCUGAUAAGAAUGAUGACUAAGGUUGAGAUCAAUAGAGAUUUCUUUCUAUUCUACGCCUGGCUGAAAUAACCUAAUAAUAGGUGUAAGAGGGAUGAAAGCAGAGCAGAUAGGUGCAUUUAUCCAGAGUCAGUUAGCGUUAUUUAGCCUUGAGUGCUGCAAUUAUACACAAAAUAUAUUCAAAGAAUAGACUCUCACGAAUACUUGUGUUGGAUUGAAUGAUCUACGAGCUACAGCUGUAGCAUUGAAAACCAAAAAUCCAGCUGUCGGGAGAAUAAAAAUUUUUUCAGGAAGAGAAUGUUGAGAAAUGUAACUCCACAUCUGAUGGUUGGACACCCCUACCAUAUUGGGUUUAUUGCAUGUAAUUACAAGAUUGAAUCAAACAUUGAAAAUCUUCUAGAAUAACUUUUAAUAAGUUUUUUUCUUUAUGUGAUGCUCCAUGUUCUUUUAAAUAUAUUUAAUAAUUGGCAACUACCAUCACAAUCCAGCUACGUUCUGGCACAUCCAAGGCACACAAUGCUUUGGAGGAGGAGACAUUGAAACAUUGUAACAUUGUUUCGACUUCCUCUCCCCUCUAUGCUGACUGUCAGGUACAAAAGGCGGAGCUUGUAAUGAUGAUUGGCAAGGAACCAAGAUAAUAAUUCCAGGAUAGAGAGGGAUGGAUGACAAGAUUUAAUUUUGUUUUUUUCAGACCUCACAAACACACAUUUAUUCUGUAGAUGGCAGAUAAACUGAAUAUUAAAAAUCCUGGGAAGUAAGCUUCACUUUUCAAGGAUGAAUUUUUUAUUUAUUUUUUGCAUGACCCUUUUGGCAAACCUAGAUUCACCAACUAUCAUGGAACAUAAUCCCAAGCACUGUUGAUGUAGCCUUGUUACAGUAUGGACUAGUACAAAUGAAACCAUAGCGGAUGGUUUCGUGGUUGCUGAAUAUCACUGGAAUAAUUGGGGUUUGUGUAGAUCAGGAUUAGAAAUCCUCAGACCCAGGAGGAGUUUUGGAAUAUAGUUUUCUCUAACUGGCAACGCUGGUCCAAGAAAGGUUGGUGUUUCUCUAGGGUAGAUCCACAAAAAUAAAAUCAGAGUAAGAAAAGACCACGUGAGAAAUUAUACACAACUUGUGUUUUUAGAACCUGUUCCUUUAUCCAAAGAGGAAACUAAGCAAUACAGUUCUAUCCAUCUUUUCAGUUCUCGGGAAUUGUAUAUACUGUUAUGGUUAAGAAUUUGAUGUGGAGGCAUUAGGGCUGGUGGGUUGUGAAAGAAUAUAUAGAACUUAAAAGGCCUUUAAGUAUCUCUGUUACAGAAGAAGGCAGUGGUUUGUUAUGUAGAGUGAAGUCCAUUUAUCUUAACGCCAAUACGUUUGUAUUUUUCUCUCUCUCUGCUUUGUAGGUGUAACAUAUAUAAUUUAUAGAGAGCCAGAGCGAAUACGUAUCAUUAAAACUAAUAAAAAAACAACAAUAAAAAAAAACAAAAAACCACGAGUUACACUGCCAACAAAAUGACAAAAAAAAAGCAUUUUAAUUUGGAAUAUAAUAUUUGAAUUAAUUUUGCAUAUGUUACUCCGUAAUCUAUCAAGGGUAAAGUCGGGGGAAAAAAAGCACUUCGAGAGGAGCAGAAGGAAUGCCAGACGAGACUCAUGCAGCUUUUAUAGACAUUCAGCCUUGAAUCUGUCACCAACAAUGCACAUUUACUCUUGAAACAGCUAUUUCAUUUAUUUUAAGGUUCACUUAGUUUCCAGAACUGUCUUUUCACAUUCAUAUCACUACCACGUAGGAGAGAACGCAUCAAGCUCUAUUAGGCAGCUUUGCUGGGCUAGCACAUAGCAAGGCGGUAAUGUGGUUUCUUGUGAAAGCUUUUUCGAAUGUACAGGCUCGAUCUGUGGGUAGAAAUGUCGCAAACCUAACAACAACCUUAUUAAAUGUGAAGGUAAGUAGAAAAAAAGUCUAUUCCAUUACGCUCCUUGCUAAGAAAAUAAGGUUUGGUAUUUUAUUUUAUUUAUUUUUUCCAUGUAGCAAUAUUUCUUUUCGUAGGAGGAUCAGAAGGCGCAUGGCGCUGUGACUUGGAUCUGUGAAAAAUCUUUGCUUUAGUUAUUUAUGCUGUGGGUAUAUACAGUAAAAAGUUAUUUCACAAAGCUUUAAAAAUAGAUCUAUAUAUUUCUUUUGUUACUAAAAUGAUGACUGAGCUACAGACAAAAUUUUAAUAAAUAGGGUCUUUUAACUAUGAAAAUCACACCAAUUACAAAGUAGUGCACCAAUUAUCUAUUGGUGUCCCAGGUGAUUACUCUUCAUGCCCGAUACCCAAAAGAGCUGACUUGGCCUAAUAACAAAAGCAUACAAUAUAGGGAAUAGUAACACUGCUGUAGGUUAAUUUUUACAUGUAAUUAUAAUUUUUUUUAAUUAUUCAAUGGUUACUUCAAGCUCCAUGACUUCAAUGAUUUGAAGUGGUCAUGGUGCAUGGAGUCUCUAAGUGCAGCAUUUUGAUACUAAACAAUGCAGAUCUAUGGAGUUUGCUGCAACUCCACCUCCGGUAACAUCAAUUGGUUAUUAGCCAGCCAACAACAAGAGUGUCUAACGUCAAUCUUGUGCGUAUUUCUAUGCUCAGUCAUUCAUUGGUUGAGAACAAUAAACUGAUGCUCUCAGCCAACGGAUAAACGUCCGGUUUGGCACCCGGUUUCUGCAGCACUCCGGAUGUCGUUAAACACCGGAACUUGAAACCUGAUGCCCAGCAAGACCCAAGGUAAGAGAGGCAAACUAUUGCAAAAUGCUUUGUUCCAUUAUCGGACAAUGGUGUGCGGGUGCUCUUGCAAUCAUUACAACUACAGCAGUCUGGAAUUGUUAUGAUGGUUGGAAUAAACCUUAGUCUUUAAAUGUCACGUGAAUCCAAUGCUGAUGUAUCUGCUAAGGUUAUGUACAUCUUCAUGGCAAAACGAGACUGAUGCCAAGAUCCAACUUUAAUAGGUGUACUGGCAGUGUUAUUUGCAAAGUGGGUUUGUCCAUUGCCAUGAAAACAAUGUUACCACUGGUUUCAUAUUGACUUAACGCAUCAAAGCAGAAGUGAGGUUGGAGAAUGCAGAUAAUCCAUAACUAAUGUUGUUCUCAAACUGUGGAGGGCUUGAUGUAAAACCUUUAUUUCCAUUUAAAUUAAUGUUUUCAUCUCCUGAAAAAUCCAAACCUAGGGAUAUAUUGAUUUACAGAUAAUUGAUUAGGGAAAUCCAUAUUUAUUUUUGACAACGUAAUAAAAGUGGAUAAGUGCCAAUCCUAAUUUUUGACUCAAAUCCUAAUGUCCCUCUUCUCUAGGAGCUCCGCAGCAAAAUACUCCCAGUAAUGUGUCUGAGUGUAUAAUAGAGCUCCGCAGCAAUAAUACUCCCAGUAAUGUGUCAGAGUGUAUAACAGAGCUCCACAGCAAUAAUACUCCCAGUAAUGUGUCUUUACACUACAAUAAAUGUGUUUAGAAAUCAGUCUGUGAAAGUAAGAUACAAUGUUUAUGUUCUAAAUUACAUUUUAGUUGUAUAAACUCACACGCCUAAAAUUAAUGUGCCCCCCUUUGUCUAUUUGAAAUUUUGGGAGGUGUGCAAAAGUGAUUACGCCAAUCCACUGCUUUUCUGUGACAGGUAUUUGAUGUUCCCUAUGGCAUCCUGCUGCUCUGGGGACUCGGAACGUGAAAAACUGAUAAAAUCAGGUCUUCAGUGAAGAAAAACCUCUUGUGGCUGUCAGUCGGACUGCCAUUAGAGGUGUGCUUUGGGCAAAACGUAAACAUUGCCAGAUAGAAGUAAUGGGGUCUGUGCACUAAAACCACUUUUUUAAGAUGAAGUGGUUUUGGUGUUAAAUGUCCCUUAAAUGAAGUACACCAAAUCAGUGAUAAGUUGUAAGGCCUCAACAGUCGGUUGCAUGGAUUUUAUCAAGUGGGUGGCAGCGUUUAUAUUUAACACUGCAAAAAGGGGGAUCUGUCUACAUAACAGGAAACCGUUUCCUUAUUAUUUCCAUGCAGUUAGCUCAGUAGCUCACACACACAACUCUUGCAAGCCCAUUCUUCUUUCUCUACUUCAUAGCCGGCGUUCGGACACUGGUUAACCCAUAAUGCAUUGAUUUAUGUGCAAGUGCAGCCAUUAUUUUAUGCAAGAACAAAUUUUCAGUGUGUAAAGCAGAAAUUUAGCUUUAGUUUGUGUGCUAGCAAACUCUGUCACCUUAACAGACAACUUUCCAAAGCCUUCAACUGCGAAAGCUUCCUCGGAUUUGUAGUUGGGGAGCUGUCUGAGUACUCUGUGUGCCUUCUACCAAUGGGAGUUAGAGGCGCACUUCAUUUCUCACUCAACUAUUUUGAGAAAUCCUUUAUCUAUUACACCGCUUCUUUGACAGUUAACGCAACGAACUCAUAAAUAAUAAAAAAAAUUUAAUCAGAUUUGCUUAUAAUGAUUAUUCUAAUUAUACAGAAUUGCCUACUAUAUUCCGAUUUAGUUCCAUGAUUUUUUUUUAUUUGGGCUAUUGUUGUGUCUGAGUGAAAUCUUUCAAUUUUAGAAUGGUAAAGGAGAAAAAUGUGUCUUGUAGUAUCAUUCAGCUAGUACAAUCAAAGCAUGAAUAGGACCUUUCAAACACGCCCAGGAAAUGAAUAUCCUAUCUUACCCCCAGGGACAAGUUGUAAUUAAAGGAGUCCUUCCAUUUAGAGUAUCUGGAAACAGCAGGGCAGCAGGUCACGGUCUAAUCACUGUAUGUUCAAAAAGGUAACUCCCUCUCUCAUCUUCGGGCAUUUCAAGAGCGGACUAACUAGGAAAUAUUUGUCUGUGCUGUUUAAACUAUUAAACGUGGCUGCAGGCAAGAGGUUAACGAUGUAACAAUAUUUACAUUUGUGUCUUCACUCUAUACAUUUAUUGAGGAUGACACACAGACACAAGUGUUUCGGGAUGGAAGUUUGUAUUUUCUAAUCUUGCUGUUUUGAAAAGAUCAAAAUCAAACAAAAAAACAAAACAAUAAAGAACCACUAAAGUAACUUGGAAAUGUCAUCUCAACGCAAUGACCUUGUCCUUUAAACCCAUUAAGGUCAAACACUUAUCUAGACGCUGUCAUACGGGAUGUUGCCGCACGUAGGAAAGCAUUGGAUUUACUGUUUAAUGAGUAUAGUUGGAUGCAUGCGCAGCACUCACUGAGCAAGUGCGUCAGGUCCCCAAAUCUCCUUUAUUGGGAGCAUUGGAUUGGACCAUCACCAGAGUUAUCAACACCUCUUCUGACAUAAUUUGAGGUGGAGAGGUCAGCAGCAACAAGGGAGUCUCCACACUGAAAAUAAAGUUAAAGGGACACUAUAGUCACCUAGACAACUUCAUCUCAUUGAAGUGGUCUGGGUGCACUUUUCUUGUCCUCCUUAGUUUUGCACCGUAAACCAUUGUAGUUUUAGAGAAAUUGCAGCAAUUAUCUUGCAGGACUAAUACUUCCACAAGUGACUGUCGAUUAGACAUCCACUAGAGGUACUUCCUGGAUUCUAGCGGACCCUGAUUCCCUUAAACGACACUGGAGGAUGUCACGCUUUGCAUGAAGACAUCCAGUUUUCAUGAAAUCCCCAUAGCGGAGGGCCUAAUGCACUCGCCAUUGAAAUACUUUUUUUGUAAUUGUUUUGGCAAAUGGGAAUGCUGAAUGUAUCUAUGGAGAGGGAUAUUGUAGCGUUGGGAGUACAGAUUUGUAUUCCUACCACUAAAGUGUUUAAAUGUUGGGGUUUACAACAAAGGCAUAGCAGUCAGGAUUAUUCAUAUAUGGAGGGUACCCUGAACCUCGAAACACAUUCAAAUCCAACCAUAGGCUUAAACGUGUUCUACCUGUUGCAUAUUUUCAAUUAGAUGCAAUCUUAAUAUUAUGUAUGAAUGGAUAAUAUCAGUUAUAUAAGCUUGGGCUGUAAUAUGGCUAUUUGGAAUGUUGUUGUCCAUCUUUUUGUGCCAAAAAGUUUGCUGUUUCGAUCUAUCUAAUGUGAUGUAGAGAGUUGUGCACAAUUUAUGGCUACAUCUGCAUUUUAAAAUUUUAACUUUUGCAUCAAGAAAAUUAUACAUAAUUGUUCUGAACAAGCGGAGAGAUUGGAAAAAUUGUUUUCAUUCCACUUAGCAAUACAGCUGUAAAAAGAUUGCAUUGUAUUUUUUUCCAUUAUUGAUCCAGUUGCUUGAAAAUAUGGUGUUAUGCAAAUAUAGGUUGGAUUUCAUAGACCUACAAAACCCGAUGACAGAAACAGAAUUCUCUAAAACAUCUGUCUUUUCUGCAAUAUGUUCUAUAGAACGUCAUUGCUUCUGUGUGAAUAGGCCAUUUAUCCUUGCUUGGAGAGGAAAGGCAUUCAUAUAUGGCUCUAUCCUGGAACUUGGUGUCUCUGUAUAGGCUCUGUUAUUGAUUGUUAUAAGUUCUGCCCUUUGCAGUGGUCCGUGAGCAUCAUAGGGGUGGGAAUUGGGGCUUUAGGGACUGAUGAUCAGGAUGUGCGACUCUUCAGCCCUGAUGUAAAUUUGAUGGAGGGGGCAGGAGGGUACGUUAGGAUUUUUUUGAAAGUAUCUGCCUGUUAUAAAUAUAAACAUCAGUGGUAUAGUGUCUCCCCAGCACCAAUCCCUCCAUGGGAGGGGAUGUUAGUGAACAGAAGUUUGCUGCACACCCCUCUGUUAGUAUCACAUUGAAUACCUGGCUGUGCAGCAUGUUUAUAUUCAACUUUGGUUUCAUUACGAUCCUGGAGACCAUCGCUGUUUAUGGGUAAUGAGGACAGGACAAAACCUUAACUGAUGAGGAAAGGUCAUGACAUAUUCACACCUCUCUGUUAGUGUAGGGGUCAUUGAGUUUGUUUUUGGGCUCAAGUCCCGGGUGAGCAUACAGAAAAGCGGAGAACCAGAAUUUGUUUUUUAUUUUUCUCUUCCAAUGCCGUAUGUGCGGUGGUUAUGUCAGGAUUGGCCAGAUUGUGAUAUCACUCGUUCAUAUACAUUAAGAGAAUACAGGUGACUUUUAAAAUGUUUUAUUUAGCGGUCUUAUUUACAGAAAUGUAAUAUUUCAACAAUAAAUCAAUUAAAUUUGUCUGAGACAGAAGCUCUGUACAAUUGUAAUGUUUUGUGUCCUGCUUCAUAUCGAAAUCAUGAAAUGCAUAUAUACCUUUUUUGUAUUUGUUUUGAAUGAUGGGUUAGGUCCAGGGAUCCAGAACCUACCUCUUCCAGAAAUUCCUAGAAUUGAUUGAGGUAGACACAAUUACUUACACUGCAGUCGGCAGACUUUAACCAGGACGGGAGUAAAACAGUGCUCAUUGGUUUACUUUUCAAUAAUUUUAUAUCACAAACUAUAAAUGUCAGCACUUAUGUGCGGCAUGUUUUGAAAGUAACUGUAGCGGAGUAGUAGUAUUAUCUACGGUAUCUCCGCUGGUAGACAGAGUGAAGCAGGUAAAAUGUAGGCAAAAUGCAGGUAGCGUAGUUACAAUCCCUUUCUCCCAAGAACUAGACGACACAUAGCUUGGAGGUCAACUGAGAGCUUUAAUGAAACAAUCCCCAAUUUAUGUGAUUUUACUGUACAGGGUUUCCAGCAGUGAUUUUAAUCAGGUGGACUGUGUGGGGAAACUGACCAUGCAAGGUUGUUUCCCAGCAGCCCCUGCUGUACAGGUACCAAGGUGACAUCAGCAAGUACAGAUAAUUAAAUUACCAGUGGAUACAGUAACAUGCAAUAUUUUACAUUAAAAUCUAUAAUUCUCACAAUUUCCCACCGAUUUGUGUGAAUGACCUCUCAACCGAAUGUAGGGAUCGGCAGGUACAAUAUACCGAAGUACCAUUCUGAUCCCUGCAGAAUUAACCGAACGCCGCUCAUAGUAUACAUUUACACGAACUGGGGUUUAGAGGAGAAAACUCACGACUAUCUUUAUUUCCCCAAAGGAGCAAGUUUCCCGAACGCUAUGGAAGUCCAGCGCUGUUUGGAAAUCAAGUGGCCGAUUUCGGUUCCAGGCACUCGACGACCAAACACCACUGAACUCUAACAAAGCAAAGAUGGCCACCGCCACGUGUUCGGUACACGAACGGCGGCCACACACAGAAAGCCCAUUAACGGCUGGACACAAUGUUGCAACCUCACUAAUGAGCAGCACACAUCCUUCUGGAAUGGUCUCCCGUUCGUUCCUUAGUUCGUUUUUUACGAACAGUGUAGGAAUCCACUGUUCGUGAAACUGGCAAUGUAAUGCUAGCAGCAUUCGAGUGCUGUAGCACAUGAAUGCAGGAGAUAAACCAGAUGAACGCUUUUAUAUACAGAUCUCUUAACAGUGAUGGGUUUUUCCCCACAGAUAAACAUAGCAAUGGUAGUGAUAUUCAGAUAUAUAUAAAGACAUUCUGAGUGAUAGUCAGGUAUAUAUAAAGACAUUCAGUAAGUGGCUAAGUUUGCCACAGUAACCUGGUGGUUCUUCUCUUCUCUGUAUGCCAGGUGCAAAGGACAGAGUUUAUUACUAUGAUUGACAGGGAGCUAAGAUGGAGGUGCCUGUUUUUAAAUAGUUUUUUUUUCCCCCGCAAUCUACACAUAUGCUAGAAAAGCUGCUAACAUAAUGUGUAGAUGGUAUCUGAAGCUCUUUCAAAAGAGCUUAAGUCAUUAUGGACAUAGCAGAUCCCAUUAAAAUUUCUAGUCCUGUACUACUAGCCAGGCCUUAAAAGUUACUAGUCACCGCAAGCAUGCCCUCUAGGGGUGAAUUUCUACUUACCAAUGCUAAAUUGUCUCUCGCCAAUAGCUAGUGAUGAAUGGAAAUUUUGAGGCCUGGCCAUGUCCUUGGCUAGACCGAAUUUGUAGACUUGUCAACUAGAUCUCCGAUGGUGCAGUACUCCGUAAAUAUUAACUGAUUUUUAAUACAAAUUUUCAGUCUGGGAAAAACCCCCACUUAGUCUGCUAGUCUGGUCUUUUCUGGAUAGGAUAACUCCUCCUCUGAUGUUUAAAUUGCAAUGUGAUUUGAGACUGUACACCCUGUUCCAAAUUAUUAUGCAAAUUAUAUUUUUCUCAUUUACCUAAAUAAUUGAUGUAGAUAUUCAGCAUAAUUCUCAUGUUAUCAACUAUUAAGAGUACAAUUCAAAUUUUAUUGAACAAACCUCCUAAUGAUAACAGUAUUUUUUUUUAAACAAACUUACAAUGCACUGUUCCAAAUUAUUACGCACAGUAAGUUGUAAAACACUUUAUAGGUUGUAAAGAACUGAAAAUGGUCAUUUGUUGUGUUUGCAGCAUAUUUACUGAAAUCAAAAGCUAUUUCAAUCAAACUUAUAACAACAUUUUAACUUUUUAAACAUUUUAACAGGUCACGUUACAUUUUAACAUAGGACCCCUUACUUGAUAGCAGCUUCACAAGUCUUGCAUCCGUUGAACUUGAGAGUUUUUGGACAAUUUCUGCUUGAAUUUGUUUGCAAGAUGUCAGAAUAGCCUCCAAGAGUGGGUAAACGUUCAAAAUCAGCAGGGGAUCAAAUACUUUUUUCCCCUCACUGUAUGUGUGAAAUUCCAAAAAUAUAAUCAAUAACUGCACCCAGUCAUAGGACCUACACGAUUUAUAGGAAUGUAUUGGUAUUACCUAGUUUUUAAAUUAAAAUAAUAUAUUAAUAUAAUAACUUAAUGUAUGAAAGUCUUGUCGUCCAUGAACUUGUUGCUCUACUUUAGCAGUUUGAGGGGGAAAAAAUAUAUAUAAUAAGAGAAAUCGAUUUUCACGUAAUAUUAAAUUCUCUUUAAACUAUUUUAGCUCCCAUCACGGUUAACGGAAUUGUUUUUUCAAUUAUUCAUUCUUUUUUUUUUUUUUUGCCAUUGGUAAACAAAGCGUUAAAAAGCUUGCUUUUUGUCUACUCUGUACAGUCUUUUUUUCAAACCCUGUGGCAAUAGUGAGGUUAAAAGAAAGUGCAAUUAAAAUGCACAUAACAAAUGGAUUCACACUUGCGUAAUAACCAUUAUAGAUAAUUACUGCUUAUUAUUUCCUUGCCUUGUUUUGUAUCUGACACUCUCUCUCCCCCCCCAUGCUUUUUUUUCUGUUGCCAAAGGUUAUGCUCCAGGCAAAAGAGAUAGCGGAUACCACAAGAGAACUUAUUAUUCAACUAGCCAAUCAUGUUCCGGCUAUAUAACGGUGACGGCUGGGUGGAAUGGGCUCAGUCUUUUAGAAUGGAAAAUAGCAUUUUCAUAUUUAAUGAAGGAAUAAUGAUGAAAAGCACUAUCUUUUGUUCUCUGAUCCCCAGCUAUAACCACUUCUAGUCUGUAUGUCUAUAUAUAUAUAUGUGUGUGUGUGUGUGUGUAUAUAUAUAUAUAUAUAUAUAUAUAUAUAUAUAUAUAUAUAUAUAUAUAUAUAUAUAUAUAUCUCUAUCUAUAUAUGUCUUGUGUUUUUUUAUUUUUUAUUUAGGUUAAAUAUUUGAAUGUUAUAGAGGUGGGGGGAAAAUAAAUAAAUAAAUAAAAUGGCUAAUUUAGAUGGGAGCUCUAGAAAACAUUAUUCCGGAGUAUUAUGUAAAUCAGAUAGUGGGGAAAUAUCCGUUCUGACUGCUGCCAUUCCAGGUGAUCUGCUAAUAUAUACCCAAGAGGUUGUGGACAUUCUGGCUGUUGACCGGAUGCAACAGGGAGGCAGUCUGCAUGUUAAAUCGCUAAUUCUCCAGUGUAUUUAUGCCCAAAUCUAUUUUUAUUUAUUUUUUUAGCACACUUAGUACAGCAUUUUUGUAGUUACCUCUUAAGACAUAUUAUAUUUCGCACAAUAUAAGACAAUGGUGUAACAUUCUCAAAGAAAAUGAGAUUUAUUGAAAUUGUUAAACAAUGAUUACUCCUAAGAAUGAUAGUGUCUAAGGAAAUAAGAGCCAUGUUUGUAUGGACAGUGUACAUAUAAGGACAAUGAUACACAGUUGACCUCUGAACUGAAAUACAGUAGCGAUUAAUAAAAUAUAUACCUAGAAUACAUUUGUGUAUAUAGAACAUUUUAUUAAUCACUUAUGUGUUUCUGUUUAGAGGCCAACUGCGUUUCAUUGUCCUUGAAUGUACACUGUACAGUGAUAAUAAGGUUGAAUCUGUAUGUUUUCUCAAAAAGCUUGACAAUACAAGAUAUUUUGUGGACAAAGUGGUGGGUGAGUGGCUGGAAUUGACUUGUGAGAAUGGUCAAGUUGUAGAUCAUUAUUAUAUCUAUUUAAAGAAACUUUUCCUUUAAAACCAUUUUGGCCUUAUAUGUACAAAUAUUUCUUCUUUCUAUUCCUUUUUUCUUCUUACUAACUUUUAAUUUGUGAGCAUUACAAAUGCUACUGACAACUCUUUCAUUGGCUAGAGCAGGGGUUUACAACCCAGUCCUCAAGUACCCCCUAACAGUCCAGGAUUUAGGGAUUACCCUGUUGUCUAAAGCUUUUAUUUUUUUUAUUUUUUUCCCCUUUCUAAAAACACCUUAGACCAGGCAUAGGCAACCUUAGGUCCUCCAGAUGUUUUGGACUACGCCUCCCGUGAUGCUUUGCCAGCAUUAUGGGUGGAAGAGCAUUAUGAGGGAUGUAGUCCACAACAUCUGGAGUGCCUAAGGUUGCCUAUCCCUUCCUUAGACAUAACUGGAUAAUCCAUAAAUCCUGGACUGUUAGUGGGUACUUGAGGACUGGGUUGGGAACCACUGGGCUAGAGAAUCAAUGGUUAUUAUGAUUACUCAACAGUGUUAACGUACAGUCGCUUAUCCUCAUAUCCUCCAUUUGGAUAAUCUUGUGCAUGAUGAUACAAUUAUGGGUUUAUUUAUUUAUACGCAUUGAAACAAGGAUAUAACUGUCCUAUGAUGAAGCUUAUAUUUCUAUGGUUUCUAUUUUUUUUUUCUGGUACUUUAUACUUUGUGUAACACUUUACUUUAAAUAUUUAUUGAAUGUAAAAUGGCCUUCGUAAUACGUCUUAUGUUUACCUCUGAUAAUUUCCUGGAACAGAAAUGUUGAGAAAGUACAAAGGUAUGAAAUAUGAUAUUGCUUCUUAUAGAAUAAUUGUAGAUAAUAUCAAAGUACAGAGGUUGGGGCGCGCUAAACGUGAAUGUUAUCAAUGUUAAAUGAGUACAUUGUGAGAAAAUCUGCUAACUAUAGAUUGAAACGUUUCUCAUUUGUAAUUUCAGGUAAAAAUUAUGGUGAGAAUCUGCCCGUCUCAAAAUACAUCGGAAUCUAUGUCUUUACUAAAAGUUGACACACGGAAAAAACAAAUUUCUCUUUAUGAUCCAUCUUCGUCUGGUCCUUCCGUCUUAAGUCACAGAAAAGCCUUGGUUGCUGUCCCAAAGAUGUUUGCAUUUGAUUCGGUGUUUCCUCAGGACUCUUCACAGGUAGAGCACUACCCAAGCAUGCUUUUCCUACUUUUCCUAGUUAGACCUUAUUGAGAACCAAAGUACAAUUCGUUAAAAAGUAAAACCUCAUUUACUGACCUUAUGUUUAAAGUAAAAACCACCACAUUUGGUAAAAACAGUCAAUCCACUUGAUUGUUUAUUUUUUUUUUUUUUUUUUAUUUCAGUUCUGGAAUCUUCACAAUUUAGUAAAGGGGACAAUCUAACAAAAUAAAUCAAAUGAUGACUUUAACAAACCUCUUACAUGGUAGCAAGCCUGAAACCGCAGGUUAGAAGAAAAGGACAGAUACACCUGAGAUCUUUCAUUGUUAAAGGGACACUGUAGGCAGCUAACUGAAGUGGUCUGGGUGUUGUGUCCAUUUUGUAAAACAUUGCAGUUCCAGAGAAUGUUUACAUUGCAGCUCUAAGUCUGCCCUCAGUGGCGGUCUACCAGACAUUCACUGGAGGUCUUCCAGAAUCCAAACAGACCUUUGGUCCGUUAUCUGACGCUGGACGUCCUCACGGAUCUCCGGCGUCAGAUUUUCUCCAUAGGAAAGUAUUGAAUAAUGCUUUCCUAUGGGGAGGUUUAAUGUGCGCGUGACCAAUGAUGCAAAUUAGGUCGCCCCCACUGGUUGACGUUGGAGCGUGGGAGGAGCCUGACCCAGUGCCGAGGGACAUCGCUGCUGGAUUUAAGUAAGUGGCUAAAGGGCUUUUAACCACUUCAGCCCUGCGGGAGGGGGGACCUAUUAAUUUAUAGGAUCCCUUUAACAUCUGGAAAAUGCAUACACCCCCUAGAAAGGAACAUAAAAGAAUUACACAAUGGCACAAAUUGUAAAUGAAAAAAGUAUGUACAUACAACAGAAUUAGACAUAUUUCUUUAAAAGCAACAUAGUACAAGAAGAAAUUUCACAAUGUUCUAAAAUAAACUGUUGUGUUAUCACUUUAUUACUCUUUUCCUACCUUUAUCCACCACGAUCUGACCAAAGAUCUUAGAGUUUGAGACUCCAAUUAAGAAAAUCAGAUAAACCUAUAACACUAUUUGUGAGCGGUUACAUUUUGAGUUGCCGUCAAGUCCAAAAUCCUUCCUUACUGCACUUUUUGUAUCGCUGGCUCUUUGUCCUCAUAUCUUCUAUGUCCUUUUCGCAGUUGAAUUCAGUUUGUGAAAUAGAGCAAGAGUGCAGGAAUGGUUAAUGUUAUUGUAUUUUGUUUUUCAUCAUCACGUGGUUAUUUUUAUGUUCAUGAGGAAUCGCCUGGCAUUUUCCAGAUGCCAAAGAUAAACACGUCUGGUGGAUCGAUCUCAUUAGACCCACAGACAAAAAGCUUGGAGGGGGGGGUAUACGGUUAUUAUGUGCCUUGAAAAUCUGAGACAAAUUACAGCCGCACUUCCUGCCGUUGUCGUAUUGUCCUGCUUGUGUAUGGCGCAUAGAGGUCCGUAAAUUCUAAAAGGUGCAUUCCAUCCCAUUACACUAAUUAAGCGACAUACAGCACAUUGCUGCUUUAGAAAGCAAGAAUGCGGUUAGACUGAUUUCUGGAGCAGUGGUUUGGUAAUAACAAAUGCCAUGACAAGAUUCCAAGGAUAGAACAGUCAAGAGACAUGAUUAAUGUAAUACUAGCUGUCAGUAAUUUGAAAAGACAAUUUCUCACUGGUUAAAAUAUCUCUGAUACAUAUAAGUGACCGUUGACAAAAUAUUUUAUGACAUUAGCUUUAUGGAACUAUCUACUUAAUGUGAGGUCUGCUACAUUUACGUUAUGUCAUGCAAAGCAUUUAAUGCAAUGUUUCCUUAGCACAAGGAUCCCAUUUAAAUGAGAUUAUUGUAAUACAGUAAGUGUCAUUUUAAGUUUGCCACCAGCUGCAAACCCCCAAUAUCCAAUGUGAAGACCAUGUUUUAAAACAUGGGUGUAUAACCUUUUGCCUUUCCCGGCCCACAUUGGGUGAAGAGGAAUUGUCUUGGGCCGCACAUAAAAUCUAUAACAUAAUUACUUUAUAGAAGAAAAUCUCAAAAUCCAUUUUCCUAACUUUUUAUAUUUCAUUUGUUUAGUAGAUAACUCCCUUAUUUGUUAUCCUUAUGUGGGAUUGCCAUAUUUUAGGAUAUCAAAUCACUGAGCUAUUUACUGAACACAUACACAUGUAUAUACACAAAACCACACACAAUCAUAGACCCACGUAUACACAUACAAUCAGACACACAUAAUUACUGGCAUACACACACACAAAUCACAUUCAUACACGCACAUUUAGUAAUUAAGAGGUCCACCAGCCUCCCUACCUUGCUCUGGGAGGGCUGGAGUGGAUUUUCGGUCCCCCGGUGUCUAGCGGUUAUUAUAAUUUAUAAAGUGCCAACAGGUUCCGUAGCGCUGUACAAUAGGUGGACUAACAGAUAAAACCUCAAUCAUAGUCACUUCUUCAGCUCUGACUUACUCGUAACAGUGUGUGAGAUUGCCGAUUACAGCUCCUGUACACAUGCAUGAUUAAGCAGUCGCCUUCAUGAAAAACGUGCAUUGAGCUACUCUCCAAACCAAUAGAAUACAGACCGUGAUUGCCUGUUUUAUUACACUAUAUAGAGGGUCAUUUACUAAAGUAAGAACUUUAUAAAAUCGAAGGCCAGACUAGCUGAACUAAUCUCAGAACUGACUUAGAGAAUUAUUCCAGUCUCGGCUAUUCUGACCUUCGUUUACAAUUCACUUUGAAUUCUCACUUUAGUGAAUACAUUUGCUAAAAGAUCUCCGGCCUGCUGACCCUGCAUUUACUCUACUGCAGCACAGACCAUCUGCAGAGAUGUGCCGGCUUAUUUAAAAAGUGAAUUUAAAAUUUAAGGCUGAGUAGCCCAAACUGAAAGCAUCGCUAACCUAGAGAAUUUUUCAUUUUGGCACUUUUGACCUGAAGUUUGAAUAAACCUGAAAAAUGGGGGUUGUUGGCCCUGUGUGCGAGGACAAACUGAACGGUAAACAAGGAAAAUAAAAUCUUAUGGUAUCAUUGCUCCAGGGGUUAGACUUAUAGCUGUAGCAGUUUGUUACAAAUUGCUGCAGGUGACAUUUUAAAGGGGCACUAAAGGCACAAAGACCACUUCAUGUUAUUGAAGUGGUAUGGGUUCAGGGUCCCUGCCCCCCUUAGUCCUGCAAUGUAAAACAUUGUAGUUUUUGAGAAACUGUAAUGAUUACUUUGCAGCACUAAGACUGGCUCCAGUGAUUGUAUAUCAGACAGCCACUAGAGGCGCUUCCUGGGUUCUAACAGAAUUCUAACAGAAUGUAACUCCAUUAAACAAAGCUGGACUAAUGUGCUUGCAGAAGUCAUAUCUAUAUAAUAUAUACAUCUAAUUUUUUUAUUUUUAUUUUCAAAAAUACAUUAUGAUUAAAAAUCGUCAUUGCAGAAAAAAAGGAGAAAUGAAACAAUCCGUGAGAAUUUCCAUCUGCAUUGUGGGCCCUGGUUGUGCUGUCAUUUACCAAGUCUUUAAAAUACAUUUAGAAAGUUAACACCCGUUAUACAUCAGUUUUUAGUGUUUUAUUCAGUGACAAAUUACAGAGAAGCUUAUUUCUUCACCUGUUCUGCUAAGAAAUUCUUUUAUCACAUAGAGAAUAACAAUACAACCUGAAUAAACCAAACCGUUCAUUAUUUGGCAUGAUUACAGAAUAAAUCUGCUCUUCUUUCAUUUUCAGGCGGAGGUCUGCUCUGGGACCGUUGCAGAAGUUAUCCAGUCUGUAGUGAAUGGUGCAGAUGGAUGCGUAUUUUGCUUUGGUCCUGUAAAGCUCGGUGAGACCCCAGAUUCAUUACAUUUAAUGACUAUGUCAGUCUGCUAAUUACAUGCUGUCAGUUUCCGGUACAGCAAACAUAGAGAAUAUGAAUAGAUUAUACCUUUUAAUUAGUUAUAAAACAUGCUCACAGCCAUUGCUAUUGGGAACUUUAAGGUUUUAGUCAUGAUUUAAAAAAACUUUAGCAAAUAUGUUCAACUUGUCUCCAAAAAUUAAAUAAAAUGGAUAUUUAUUAAUUUAUUAUAAGGGUUUUGUAGGAACAAUCGUGGAAAAAAAAAUGAAUGAUUGACAACUCUAACAGAAACCAGCCUUACAAUAUCUGUUGAUUUGAUGACCAAAUAACUACUUUUUUCACAAAUCUAAAUAUCUUGGUGGAAACAAAAUUAGUCUGUAUUUAUUCUAUGCAAAUAUCGCUGUAGAAGAUUUUUGUGAAAUUCUCAAUGCAUGACAUAUUUUUAGAUUCGCAGUUGGAAGUGUGCAUGCUAAUGAAAGCCAGAUUGAGUGUUCAAAUGACUCCAUUGUAUUGCAAAACAAUCGAAAUCUAGCGCUGCUUUUUUUCCCCUUGUAGGUAAAUCAUACACUAUGAUUGGCAAAGAUGCCUCUACACAAAGUCUUGGCAUUGUUCCCUGUGCAAUCUCUUGGCUUUUCAAGCUAAUCAACGAACGGAAAGAAAAGACCGGGGCUCGUUUCUCAAUCCGUGUCUCAGCAGUGGAGAUCUUUGGCAAAGAUGAAAACCUCAAGGAUUUAUUAGCUGAAGUAGCCAGCGGAAGCCUACAAGACGGACAGUCCCCAGGAGUAUAUUUGCGAGAAGAUCCAAUAUGUGGAACUCAGGUAUAAAAAAAUAAUGAAAAGUAUUGGAUUAUUUAUUAACGAGGUUUUUUUUUUUUUUAUUAUAUGUAUUUUACUCAACGUCUAAUUCCCGAAUUUCUUUCUGAAAACCAUUCUUAUUUCUGGAAGCCCUUUUUCCUUUGGUGCACAUAUUUGUUUGAUUGCUUUAGAGGAAAGUUUCAUCAUUGGGGAAAAAUGUGCGCCAUUACCCUAAUUAAUAACUUGAGUCUUCUUCCUUUUGCACUUUUGUUUCAGCUUCAAAACCAGAGUGAGCUGAGAGCCCCAACUGCGGAAAAAGCGGCCCAUUUUCUCGACGCAGCACUCGCAGCCAGAAGUACGAAUAGACCGGAUUGUGACGAAGAAGACAGGAGAAACUCGCAUAUGCUUUUCACGCUUCACAUUUACCAGUAUCGGAUGGAAAAGAGCAGUAAAGGAGGAAGUACGUCACUAGAUUCCUUACAUUUUUGCCUUUUUCUUUUCAUUUGGGAAUAUUGUUUAAUGGCAGAAAAUCAUGGAUGACAUAGUUCAUCGGCAGGCAACCUUCGGCUCUCCAGAUUCUGUGGACCAAGUCUCCCCUGAUUCUUUGCCAGCAUUAUGCUUGGGAAAGCAUGAUGGGAGAUGUAGUCCCCGACAUCUGGAAUGCCGAAGGUUGCCUGCCUCUAACAUACUUGAUGGAUGGUGUUGGUCACAGGUUUUCUGUCCUUGUUCUUGAGUUUGACAAUUAUUUUUUGGAAAAAUAAAUUUAAUAUUUCUAUGGCAGAGAUAAGAUUUGAUUUAGGCAAUAGCUGUUCCUAAUGUUACAUUCAGACUUCUUUAGUGUUAGCUCUGGAGUUAGUAACUAAACUGGGAUAUUUGUGGCAUUUGUGAGGAGAUUACCAGUUGUAUGCCAGAAUAGCUGAAAGUUUGAUAUUUUGGCAAAAAUGCAAAUCCCUUAUAAAUUCUCCAUAAUCACUGCAUUACUGAAUAAUACAGUUUACAAUUUAAAGGAUCACUAUAGGGUCAGGAACACAAACAUGUAUUCCUGACCCUAUAGUGUUAACACCACCAUCUAACCCCCCGGGGCCCUUCAUGCCUCCAUAAAUAUUGCGAAAUCUUACUGUAUUCAAGCAAGAAGUUGUAACUCUGCAUGCUGUUAGACUCAGAAAAACAAGCAGUCUGAUCCAAUCACAAUGCUUCCCCAUAGGAUUGGCUGAGACUGUGAAGAAGGCAGAUCAGGGGCGGAGCCAGCAUGAUUCAAACACAGCCCUGGCCAAUCAGCAUCUCCUCAUAGAGAUGAAUUGAAUCAAUGAAUCUCUAUGAGGAACGUUCAGUGUCUGCAUGCAGAGGGAGGAGACAAUGAAUGUUUGGAUGCAUUUUAGGCAGCCAUGACCCAAGAAGGAUCUCUAACAGCCAACUGAGUGGCCGCCAGUGAAGUUAUCACUAGGCUGUAAUGUAAACACUGCAUUUUCUCUGAAAAGACAGUGUUUACAGCAAAAAGCCUCAAGGUAAUGAUUCUACACACCAGAACAAAUUCAAUAAGCUGUAGUUGUUCUGGUGACACUAGUGUCCCUUUAAGCUAUUUACUUAACAGUCUCCCAUAUCGAUAGACAAACCCUGGUAGUCCUUAGAGUUGCUUUAGAAACUCUACUUAGGAGCUAUAAAUACAUGCUACUUCAUGCACAACCUCUUUUCUAGCAAGUAAUCUUUGUUCCACCCCAAGACCCGAUCCACUUAGACAGGCAGUCUCGUGCCAUCCUACGUACACAAUGAUUUUGUUAGAUACUCUCUUCUGUCUGCCUAUUUGGGAAAAGGCCAAUAGCGAUCACUAUGCAAGACUAAUAGGAACAUAUCCGUUAAUGUUCAUUCUCUGUUCAAGUUAUUUUAAACUUUUUGUUUUCCUUCUCAUUUCAACCAGUCACGUAAGGGACUGGAAACAUGGGCUUUUCGGGUAGUAUUAUUAUCAUCAACAUGUAGAGAUUUGCCUCCCAACCCUUCCCCCAAGUUGUUUAUUUGUAAAAUAUGACUACAGAGCUGCGAUCAGGGAGAGCUUUCGAUUUGUUUCCAUUUUAAUCCUUCUGUUGUAAAAGGCAUUCUUUAUUCAUCUCUUUAGAAUAAAGGCCGACAAUCAGUAGCUAACUUUAUGGAGAUCUGCAACUCCCAUCAUCUCCAGCAAGGUAGUGGCCAACGACAUACUGGCUGAGUAUCUUGGGAGUUGUAGUUCCCUUUACUCUAUUUCUCUUCCAGCUGUGGAUUUAUAGUUGGCAGUGGUGUUAUUUUUUUUUCUCUAAUUUUGGACUUUUCAUAUUGUUGUUCUGCUUUCACGGUCUGACAUGCAAGUCAGCUCCGCAGCAGACUGACUUAUUUAUUUUUAACAGGCUACGAUGGGAUAAAAUAAAAGGGAGCCACACAACUACUACAAGGGUCAUUAUUCAUAAGAAAUCCAUCUCCCAUAUAUCAUGUGGCAAAGUCUAUGACUGGCACACAAUUGUACGGGUUGGGCACCCAAGCAUUGGCUGAUAGAGUGCUGUUCAGUUUCUUUGAAUUCUCAUAAAACAGGCUCGGUGACAAGCAGAAUCACAUUAUUUCUCCCCACAGGACAAUAUAUCAUAAAUAAGAGAAAAUCAAUCUGCAAAGAGGGAGGACUAACACACAAACGUAAAAGGGCACUCCAAGAUGGAAAGGGUCCCCAUUUUUAUCAAUGCAUUAUCUAUUCUAUAUAAUAAACAAACAAUGAUAUAAAAUACAUUAAAUAUACAGAUGCUCCCCUGCAGUGUAUUUGUCAUAGUACGCACAACUUUCUUUCUAUACGUUGUGCGAACAGGAAAACAUUGUGUCUCCCGUUACCUGUCAAUCAGCUAUCAGCAUUGAAGUUGAUCCUGAAAGUUGAGUGACAGAUGAAAGCAGGAGAACCCUGUGGCUCAUGCUUCCUAUAGGAGUAUAUGAAGAAAGUGUCAGGGUUUUCUGACCCUGAUCUUUUGGUAAUAAAAACCACACUUAAGGGAAGUUAUCUGUGUCCGUGAACCUGCUGUGAAAGGAAUAUUGUAGAGUUCAUGAAGCGACAGGAGCAGACCACAUUGGGAAGAGAUUCCACCAAUCAGGAGUUUCUCCUACUAGCCUAUAGACUCUGCUCAUUUCAUUUCCCAUUAAUUCCUGCCCAUCUGAUGUUAAUGAGAUAUGCAACGGUGGUUACAUUCUUUACAUAGGAUGAGUGUAUCUUCUAAAUAAACAGAUUGUAAAGCUCUUGCACACGCACCGUGCCACCAUGGCUCAACUUUUUCUGAAAACCAAAGAGAGGGGAAAGUGGCUGGCACAGUGUGCGAAUGGCUUCUUCGGCGUUCAGAUCGCAAAGUUAGAACUGCCUCUUUAGACUCGGUGAGAGAAAAGGACCGCAGCUAUUUGAAGCUGUAGGUAGGGGUAGGUGACUUUUUUGUAACAUUAUCUGUACAAUGACCAUAACUUCUUAUGGUGCUUAGAAUAUAAAUCCAGAGAAACCAAUGGUAUUUGGAAAUCCUUUUUCCAACCUGCCUAGAAACUGCUCAAAACAAAAGAAAAUUCUUUAGCCAACAUGGAUGUAAAAAGAAAGAAUGCUAUAAAAGAAAGAUACAUGAAAUUGGCUGGGAAUAAAAUGGCACUUCCUGUUAUUAAUGGCAGCCGUGUAUAUUGCGGGACACUUAUAAGACACGGGGGAACGGAGGGAAGGAAGUUGCUGUAGGCCGCAACAAUGGCAAGGCUGUGAAGUACAAAAAAAAAGUUAAACCUGUAAUAUUCCUCCAGGGAUUUGAAACCUUUUGUCGGAAAGGUGGUCUUUUAAUUCAUUAGAAUAACCGAGGCAUUUGAAUAAUGAAUGCAUCUUCUGACAAUUGUGUGAGAAUAAAUGUGUGAAUGUAAAUGAACUUGCCUACAGGAAGAUUGAAGUCAGAAAACGUGCGAUAGAGAUUGAGGCAUACAUCUCUCUGAAAGCCAAGACCUGCCAUUACUGGGCCAAUUAUUUUGUGUAAUAUGUUUUUAAAGGUUAAAGAGUCUGCAUCGUGAAAACGAGACUGAUUCAUAUACAAUUAAAGUGUAGCCGUCGUGCACGAAUCCCCAAACUAUUGUCUCACAUCCUGCAAUGUAGUACUUGUCUUCAACUAUGCACUUUUGUUUCUGUGUGUACAAUUGGUACAUAUGCACUAAAAUCUACUCCAUCAGAAAAAAUCCAAACCUUUAUUUUUUGACACCUUAAGGGCCCAUGUUGCUGAUUGUUUUCAUUGAACUUUCUGACUGCGUGGAAUGUUCUGCUUAUUUAGUUAUGGCAGAGUUGUGCAUUCCUACACUUUUUAAAGUGGGUAAUUAGAUUUUGUAAGGUGAUACUUUGAAGAACACAGAUGGCUGUGACAAAUUUAUAUUUAUGUGUAGCUUACAAAUUAGCCAAUUUUAGCAGCAUGAUUAUGAGACUUUCCACUUUAAAUAUUUUAUACACACACCGCAGUAUAUUAUUAGACAGUCUGAUUUGGGUGGCUUAUGCCUGUAUUUGAAAUAUUCUUGGAUAUUCACAGAAUUUGUGUUACACUCGUCUUUGAUAGCUGUCCCAAACUGCUUGACUUGGGGGCAUCUCUGUCAACUAGUGCACCGAGCUUCGCUCAAAUUCUGUUUUAAGGGAUUCAUUUGAUACAACUCAAAUCAAUUUUACAUUCCUUACAGAUAAGUAAAUUAGCUAAGUAAUCAACACACUUGCGGCAGAACCCAUCCCAUCUAAUCAUAGUUUUUAUGUAUUAAGUAAGCAUGAACCAGUAAUGAUAAAAUGACAUUUGCUGGAUGAGUUAAUGAGCCACACCAUUUGUUUCUGCAUAUGAAUUUCCUCAUUUUCAAAAAAUAUUCAUUUAUUGUUGCUAUAGUAACCCCUUACUGCUACAAUAAUUGUUCUUAACCUCUCGACUGGGAUUUAAAAAAAUGGAUCAACAUGACAAUUUAGUGGAUCCACAGUGCUUGGAUCAGACGCAUUUUAUUCAACAGGGAAUUUUCUUUUAGGCAAUGUGAUGGUGACUCCUAUGUCCUUGGGAAGAGACUCAAACACGUUUUCUAGGAUUUGUGUUUAGGACUUCUAAUAUUACAGUUGAAGAAUCGGUUGCCUUUCCAAUGCCCCAUGCAAUAUUUGUCUGUCUGUCAGAAAUGAAAUUUGAAUGUUGGGGGGAAAUGGCUUAAAUUUUCUUUUGCAUAAAAUUCUAGUUUGUUGUAUAAAGUUUUCCAUUGGGACUCUGUUUAUUCUUAAGGAUGUGCCGAAAGACUUUCAUUUUCUGGAAAAGCAUUUGUAAACUUGCCGUAAGACAUAACUGUAGGCUUGCGUUGAGAAUGUACUCCGUUCACGUACAAUACUCUACUAGGAGUGCAUACAUUAAGAAAUGACCAACAACAACUUGCCAAAAUAAUAUAAAUUUAGGUUUUCUCUUAAACUGGGGAAUUACAGGGGAAUCUAAAAUAUUAGGCCUAGAUAGAUUGGAAAAAUAUUCCAAAUUAAACAUUUUGGCAAAAAUGUGACAUUGCCUGCUCAAUUUACAGACUUGUAUUGUAGAGAAGAAAAAAAAGCAUUUAAUUAAACGGAGUAAGGAAAAAAACACACUACCAGUAGGUUGUACAUUCUCUUAAUAGAAAUACACUACAGUGAGGAAGACUAAAACGCUAAUAGAACGUAUAUAUUCUUUUUGUAGAUUUAUAGAUAAAGGAGAUUACAUAUCCACACAUCUGCUGAAUAUUUGAGUCAACUGCUUGGAAAACUAAAUUAUGACAAAUGCCUGACUACACAUUGUAUAAAAUUACCGAGUUGUAGAACUUUAUUCUUUAAGCAAAAAUAAAAAAUUAAAUCCAUUUUGAACUGGGAAUAUGCAACAUUUAAAUGCAUGUAAACAUGUGGAAUUUCAUGAGAUUACAAGAAAGCUCCCUUUUAAACUGCAUAUCAUAGUCAUAAUGAAUUUCUAUUCUCUCCUAGUGUCUGGGGGACGAAGCCGCCUGCACCUUAUUGAUCUUGGGAGCUGUGAAAAAGUUCUAAGCAAAAGCCGCGAAGGAGGGGGUCUCUGCCUGUCCCUCAGUGCUCUGGGAAAUGUCAUUAUGGCUCUAGUGAAUGGAGCAAAGCACAUACCGUAUAGGUAAAUACUGGUGAUGCAUUCUGCAUGUUGCUUUGUAUAAUUUACAUCUCAAUGUUCAAAUAUAAUGAAUGCAAAAAAAUAAACACGUUUUUAGUGAUUGUCAGAUUCCUUUGUUUCUCUGUAAAAGUGCUAUGCUACCUGGUGAUUUUGGCUUGAUAGCAUCUGUGAAUAUUAUGCCAAAGUAGAAAACCAGAUGGAGAGGAAGAUGUGAGAGAAGGAAGAAAUUGGGUCAAAAAUAAUCUUGCCUCUAGAGUUGUGAUUUACAAUGUUUGCGAUGUUGUUUUCUUCAUCUAUUCUUACUGUUCAUUUUAAGCCAUUAUUGUUCUUUUUUUACAUUUAUAGAGUGCCAACUUGUUCUGCAGCACUUUACAAUUUUCUAAGGAAAAAAAACUUUACAAUAAAUGAGAACUGUAAAAAUGUUACAGGAACAAUAGUUUGAGGAUCCUACUCGAAUGAGCUUACAGUCUAAAGGUUAAGCCGUUUCUUUAGAACUUAACUGUAGCACUACAGAUCCCUAUUCAGGUAUUUUGUGCUAUCAUAAGCUCUGCUUUUGUUUACACUCUAACCACUAUAACGGCUACAAGUCACUGAAGUGGUUAUGGUGCUAUGAUGACAUGGUUAGCAUUCACUGGCUUCUGGAAAAAAAAUCUACCCCAAAAGAAAGUGGUGCUCCCAGCAGCUGUAGCAAUAUUAGUAAUGAUGAAAUUCCACUUCCACAUUAUCGACUGGGAAUCCAUCCAACUUUGGGUGGCAAUUGUCAAUUCAGUAAAAUAGAUUGUAUUUUAACCAGAGAGCUUCAUUUGUCUCCUGUUUGCUUGCUUCUAUUUUUACUGUCAAUGCUAUGAAAAUGAAGGCACUAUAUUGAGUGAGCUGCAGCCUUAGAAUACUGUGGACACUGUAUCUGCUCUUAGUUUACAUCUUGAAAUGUCUAUUCUGAGUUUAUUGGUGGUGUCGACACGUUGCAAACCAACUGCUCCACAAAACUGCUGAGCAGACAAGUGGGGAUAAGGAUACAAUAAACACACGUCCUCCCCAUCAAUAUUAUGGAUAACAGGGGCUAAUUGCUUCAUUCCCUGAAUUGUUUGCAAAUUCUGCUGUCAAUGUGGGAAUAAUUAGGCCCCCUUUUCUUACCAUUGGGGUAUUAAACGGGAGAGUGGCCAGGUUAGGUUACUGCUUGCUGUCAUUUAUAGUUCGUCAGACAGCUGGUAUUAACGUAAUCCCUUUACGUUCUUGUUGGAAUUCAUUUACAAUACUAAAGUAACAAUAAGGAAUGCCUUCUCUCCCCUCUCCCCUCCCCGCACUGCAAAUGCUCAUCGCAGACUUCUAAUUUCUAUUUCUCCAUGUUAAAUAGGGACAGCAAAUUAACUAUGCUCCUGCAAGAAUCUCUGGGGAACAUCAACUGCAGAACCAGCAUGAUUGCUCACAUCUCCGAUUCUCCAGCAAAUUAUCUAGAAACUCUCUCAACGCUUCAGCUUGCCUCUCGCAUUCACCGAAUGAGGAAGAAAAAAUCACGGGUUAGUUUGUUUCACUGAUUCUCUUUUUAGUGUUUGCAGCAAUAAAAUUGCUUUUUUAUUUAUUUUUAUUAUUACAACGUAUGUAGCUUCUGCAGAAGAAAAGUCAACAUACCAGAAAAUUGCCAUUGUUCAGAAAAACCUUGGCUGUGGAAUAAAGCAUAUUCACCCUGAAGUGGGGGCCAAGGGGGGAUUGUAUUGCUUCUUCAGCUUCUUAAUAUCCCUGUCUGCUCUAUGAAUAUCAGACUCAAACUGGUGUACAAAGAAUAAACUCCGUAAGGACCAAUUACAUGUCAGAAAUAAUGUAUAAUCGGUUGCCUAACCGUUGGUCAUUAAGGAGUUAUUUUUACUCUUUAAAUAGUGAAGGUUCUUUUGCAUUCACAUGAAAGGAAAACUGUUAUUCAUUUCUCACUCUGCUCAAAGGGUUAAAAUAGUUGUUUGGAAACCACAUAAGAAAUAUAUGUAUAUAGUGCAAAAAAAAAACAAUAGUAUAUUCUAUAAAUGUUCAUUUCACAAUUGGCAGAGUUUGUAAAUGUAAUAACCACGCAGGUCACAAAUUGUAACUGUUUUAGUACAUUGCCUGACAUUUUAAAGCACUAGUAAUGUGCUUUUUUUGCAUGAAAAUUUUCACUAAGUGCAAUCAUUUUUGCUAAUAGUUUUGAACAUUUAAGACAAAAGGAGACAAUUUCUUCUCAUGUUGAUUUCAUUCAUUUAUAUAAAAAAAAAAAAUUCUCCCAACUGUUUAAAUGGAAUCGCUCCCCCCCUCCCACUUCCAGUUUAGAUCUAUCUUUAUCUAGCUGCAAAUCAAAGAAGCUCCUUUUAAUACAAGAUUUUUUUUAUAUAUAUAUAAUUUAUUUUAAUGUCUCCCUUAAAAGGCUUGUGUGUGACUGAGAAGCUGGCAGCUGUUGUGUGAUUGAUAUAUUGUUUUUUUUUCUGUCUCAUUUCCUUCAGUAUGCAUCCAGCUCAUCGGGUGGAGAAAGCUCUUGUGAAGAAGGUCGUGUCCGGAGACCCUCCCACAUCAGACCAUUCCAUCCGAGAACUGUAGCAAUAGACUCUGAUUUUCCAGCUCUGGGGAUGCUAAGUGAUCCGGAUUAUUCUUCUAGCAGUGAGCAGUCUUGCGACACGGUCAUCUAUGUUGGCCCCAAUGGUGCUUCGCUAUCUGACCGAGAACUAACGGACAAUGAAGGGCCUCCAGAAUUUGUUCCUAUAAUACCUUCCCUCCUCAAAAAAAGAAGCAAAGAUAAUUUAUCUAAUAGCCGGAGUUCUGAUAAUGAUCACUUUAAAUGCAACACAUUUGCGGAACUGCAGGAGAGAUUGGAGUGCAUCGAUGGAAGUGAAGAACCUGCUAGAUUUCUCAUUGAAGAAGCAGCUGCUGGAGCAAUGUGUAGCAGCUUUUUUGAUGAAAACGUUCAGGCAAAGUCACAAAUGGAAAAAAUGGUAGAGUCGGCAGUUUGCAAAAGAACUGGUUUGCAAGAUUUAUCUCCCAAAAAGGGACAAAAUGUUGAUCUGUCAUCCACUUCCCAGCUAAAUAGUCCAGGUUCUGAAACCAGUGCACCUCCGUUAAAAUGUGAGCACCCUCAACAACAUGCCAAAGCAGGAAAUGUAAAGGUGGAAUGCAAUUUGGACAGAGAUCAAGUGACAAUCAUGGAAUUACAAAAUCCUGAAGUACCAAGUGUUUGCACAUCAAAGGAUCAACCAAAUCUGGUCACUGAGCCUUCAGUGAAAGAGAAAACUUUUCAGGUGAGAAGACAUCUCCCCGCUCCUGCUCCUUCUCAAGCCUGUUCGGAAUCCUGGAGUAGUACAGGAGUGAGGACACCACCAGUUGGAAUGAGCAAGCUGAUAAACCAGGAUAAGCACAAUUUAAUGGGUAGCACUUCUUCUUGCUGUAGCAAUUCUAAACAGACUGGUCCAGUGGAAGUACACAGGUUUUGCUCCGCAGUGAAGGGCAAAGGCUUUGACCGUGAUAUAUUAACCACAACAGUAACUUUGCAGAAGCCUGUGGAGCUUAAUGGAGAAGAUGAACUUGUGUUCACGGUUGUAGAAGAACUAUCUAUUGGAGGUAUGCUUGACAAAAAACGGCCUUCUAGUAUCAUUAGCUUUAACAGUGACUGCUCCUUGCAGGCUCUUGCAUCGGGGUCCAGACCAGUCAGUAUUAUCAGCAGUAUUAAUGAUGAGUUUGAUGCGUACACAUCCCAAGUGACUGCCGCUGGUGUAAAUAUUGAUAUUGUUUAUCCACUUGUAGAAAAUCAGUGUGCAUCUGGGAGCAGGCGCUCUUCUGUUAGUUCUUGGCUCAGUGAAGUAAGUAUUUGUAGAAUUAACAGUGAUGGAGCCCAGACCUAUGAGACGUAUGUACCCUACUCUACACACAAAUGCAGUGAGAUUGAAGAAUGUCUUAACCUUGAUUCUGAAAAGUGUGCAAGCGUGCAGAUAACUCAGAAUCUUAAUAACUCUCUUAAUGACAGUGGGUUCUGCUUUUCGGAAAUGGAUAGUGAAAGUGCUGAUUCCAGUCCCCUGUUUUCUAAGCACGAAAGAAGUCUAAAACUUUCUGAACUAACCAGAGCUUGUUCAACUGCUUAUCCUGUAACUAACCAGCCUAAAGCUAGUUGCACCCAGGGUACUUUAUCAGUAGAGACCUUUCAUUCCAGUCUUCCUCGGAAACCUAGAUCUACCUCAUCUACAGCACACACUAAUGCAUUAAGUAGCAAAGAAAGCAUGUUUGAUGAUCCAUGGUUGGUGCGAACAAGCCAUGACAUUGUAGAAACAGACAGUCAGCCACUUUUUACAAAAUCUUCCAUUUUGGUCUCAGACAAUCAGCUAAAACAGAACUCAAAACCCGCACAAAUGGCCAUCUGUGCCUCAAAGGCCAUGAAAUCACAAACCAUGCUUGCAUGUUCACAACAACGGGUUGUAGAUGGGUGUGAAGUUGAUGAUAAAUCACUUCCAAGAAAAUCUGAACCUUUAACGAAAAUGCCACAACUUAAGAGAGGUGCUACAACGUUGGGUGUAGUGACAAACUACAGUUCUCAAGCAGAUUGCAUGAGCAAGGGAUCAACAGAAUUUUCUGAUGGAAGUCUUAAGUCAUCUGGAAAUAAGAAAGGUUUACCUCAAAAGGGGAGCAUGCUGCCUAGACCUGGGGGAACAAACCCUCCAGCUCCUCCUGUACGCAAAUCAAGUCUAGACCAGAAAAAUAUUCCCUUGCAUUCAAAUAGUCUCACCAAAUUAGAGAAACUGGAAUGUAGCCGGUCAGGCCUCUUGGAAGAUGACCAAGAAAUCCAAUUUAGCAGUAAAAUCUAUCCCAAGGGUGAUCAUUCUUUACCUAAAACGGUUUCAAGUUUGAAGGUGAAAUCCAACAAAACAGAAUGCGUUCAACGGUAUGGGAGUCACAUGUCUCUUGAGAGGUGUGAUAGUCUGACAUCUGUGGGUUCUAGAACAUGUGCACCACGUGAUAAUGGUUCUAGCUCUACCAAGGUAGGAAGAACAGCACCAAAACUUGGAGUCCCUUCUGCAUCUUCCACAGUCACCUCACCUCCUUCAUGUACAGCUCCUGUCAAGACUAAUCAGGCAAAGAGUUCUCUUUCACAGAAAGCUUCCACGAAUCUUAACAAAAAUCGCAGCCUAUCAACAAAUGGUUCAAAAUCACUCAGCUCUUCUGUAAAAUCUCUGAAUCAAACUAGUGGGAAAAAUUCUGGUAUUCCACCCAGCGGAAAAGCCACCUCCCGGUCUGUGCAGUGCAUGAACAGCAAACCCACCAGAACAAUUAUGGGGACUAAGCAAGCUUUAAGGGCAGCCAAUAACAGAGUCAAUGAAUUGGCCUCAGGUAGCUCUGGAAAGAUGGGCCAUUUCAGAGGUUCAACAGAUUCAGACAGUGGAAAUGAUAGUGGUAUCAACCUAAGUGAUGAAAAAUCUCAAGCUUCUAUGUUGCCAUCACCAUACAGUAAAAUAACUGCACCACGACGACCUCAGCGAUAUAGUAGUGGCCACGGCAGUGAUAACAGCAGUGUUCUAAGUGGUGAACUUCCCCCAGCCAUGGGAAGGACGGCUCUUUUCUAUCACAGUGGUGGAAGCAGUGGAUAUGAAAGUAUGAUACGCGACAGUGAAGCCACAGGAAGUGCAUCUUCAGCCCAUGACUCCAUGAGUGAAAGUGGAAUGUCUUCAUCUGGUCGCAUGAGAAGCUUAAAAUCCCCAAAGAAAAGAGGUAACUUGGUCUAUUUUUUUUAUUCUUUAGUUUUAUUUUGUAUUUUUUUUAAAAAUGUUAAGGAAAAAUGUUAACCAGUUAAAUGUGUUUUAAAUUGGAAGAUGUGGUAGGUAGGAACAUUCUUUAAGGAAAUCAGGUAAUGUAGAAUUCACCAAAACAUGUAAAUGUGAACAUAUUACUAGCUAACAUUGAAACCAAGCAUAGACAAGUCUGUAUAUUGUAGGAAAAAUUGUAGCAUACAAAUAAUGUAUUAAAAUGUGUAUGUGCCAUUUCUGUGAUUGGUUCUUCUCUUGGUAGCUAUGUGUUCGCAAGCACUGUAGUUUGAAAUUAUGCUAUCAAAAGAAAAGUAUACGGAUUUGAUUAGGGGAUUUGUAAUAAAACAAAUACCCUAAUAAGAUAAGAAUAUGUAUAAAAUAAGAAUAGUCCCUCCAUCCCUCCCCAUUUAAAUACCUUUCUAAUAAGCAUUAAAUAUUAUUGUGAGACAUGGACCAAAUGACUGUACAUGUGUUAAUUAUCAUACUGAGCAGUGAGACAGAGAAAACUGAAAACAUGUCCAUGAUGAUGUUUGUCUACCUAGAAGCACAAAUCAUAUAAUUUUUUCCAGUUCACGCACUAACCACCAUCAACUGAGAAAAAUAACCUUUUUACAAAAAAAUUAAUGUAAAGCUUAAUAGGAAUAUCUGCAUUCACGUGCUUUUACUAAGGCCCCACUGUGCACUGUUUUUGUUGACCAUAGACGUUGUCUGUGAUUCACAGAGUGAUGUUUUAAGUUCUCUAGGUCAUUAUCUUUAACAUAAAUGUGUCCACCUUCUUAAAGGUCUUCAAAGACGUCGGCUUAUACCAGCUCCUCUUCCUGAGAAUGCUACAGUGGGAAGGAAGGCAAAUCUUACUGGCCAAUGGGUUGAUUUGCCACCUUUGUCUGGCACUUUAAAGGAACCAUUUGAAAUCAAGGUUUAUGAGAUUGAUGAUGUGGAGCGGCUUCAGCGGCACAGAGCUGAGGAACCAGAGGUAAGCAUUUAUCUUCUCCCCAAAGAGAGAAUCUGAAACUUGUAUUCAAUGGAGGUUUUUUUUCUGUGUGAUAAUAUUGGCCAAGGUAUUCUGCUGUGAUUUUGGGGUGUGUUUUUGGUUCUCUCAAACAGUCCAUAAAAAUGUUUCUGAUAAUUGGUACAAAUCCGAGACCAUAGAUCAUACAAAGCCCUGAAGAUAUCUAGCACUCAGAUUACAAAGACAUUUUGGAAAUUGAUUGCAAUUAAAAUGUCAUAACUUCUAUUUUUUUAAAUUCAUAUGUUGGGGUACGCUUAUCUGGCAGAGAAAAUUUAAUUGCUCUUGGCCGUAAAUUCUGUUUAACGUGACUGAUGUUGUGAGCUGAGAAUAUCAAUGAACGUAUUACGGGAAGUAUUUUAUUUUCGGAUGAAGACGAAUAAAACUUUAUAGCUUUCUGCAUGUGCUGGGGUCAUUACCUCUUUAUGUAAAUCAUAUAAAGUGUUCUGCACAAGCUCCCAUUAAAUCUCACAUAAUUAAAUUGAUUUUGCUGUAAUCAGAAAACAGUCCAGUGUUUUUUUAAACUAUUAUAUUGCAUAUUUGCACUGACUUGUUCUGUCUAUUUAUUUUAUGCCAGCCGUUUCAAGAUAUGGAAAAGGUAAGGGUAAACUCUUUCUAAUAUAUGUGCAGGGGUGUUGCUAGGCUCCAGAACCACUUUGGGCUUGAGCCCAAAACAAAACUUGAUGACCCCUACACUCACCGAGAGGUGGGGAUGUCCAAAACUAAGGACAUUAUGCUACGGAUGCUUUCUUCGUUCUCAAUGAAAGUAUAGCCAGGAAAUCAGUGUGAUCCUGCCCUGCUACCCCAUUAAUAGAGGGGUGUACAUCAAAGUUCUGUUCACCAGCACCCUCCAAACUGUUACCUGAGGGGCACCACACCAUCUCUCUUAAUAAUCCGGUGGAUCACUCUACUAGUGAUCUUUCUUUUUCAGCAUGUGGUUGAUUUGAGUAGUUAAAACAAAAAAACACUAAUCUUCUUGGCCCUUCCACAACCUGUUGAGAUCCAAGGCUUACAGAGUAAAAUUUCCACUGCUUCAGCCCAAAAGCUUCCCUCCCUAGCAACACCAAUGCAUAGCAGAGUAUAUGAAACAACAUAAUCAUCUAUGCCUGUAUUCAUAUGGAGCUUUUCUUGUUAAAUGUUACAUUCUAAUCACAUAUACUGAUGUAAUAGAUACAUUAUUGAACAUACGGAUACAUGCAAUUUUCUUGGGUUUCUUACCUUCAUUGUCAAUCUAAUAUUUGUAUAUUUAGCCAAAAUAAACAGAAUUUGACAUAAGUUGAUGGGAUGUACACAGUAAACCACUAUACGCACCAUUAACCACGGAUUAAAAAAAGCUAUUUUUGCACCUGGCAGACAUUGUAUAUACAGUAUUAUAGACCUUAGACCUUAUUGAAAGAGGGGAGAGAGGAAUAAGAUAACAUAAGAAGUAUAACUCAUCAUAUGAAUAAUGUACACCACUGUAUGGCCAAUCAAUAUUCAGGAAUGCACAAUACAGUUACAAUACAAAAAUGAAUUACACUUCAUUACGAUUAUAUGUUAUACCAUUUCUGCAGUGUUGAAAGGUUGUGUAUAUAAUACAAAUUUUUUUUUUAAAAUGGUUACUUAGUUAGGAAAUACACAAAUACACUUUACACAGAGAUUGCUGUAAAAUACAUUUAUUCAAUUUUUUUUGGAUUAUAGAUAAAAGACCUGCUCCAGCAGUGUUUACUAAAAUGUUGAAUACAAAUUGAAAUCUUAAUAUAAUCUAUUGGAUUACAUUUCCCAGUCUUAAUCAUAUAAUAUUGGAGAUAAACAACAGUGGAAUUGUGGGAUAUGAAUAUGUUGGACAUAAUAUACAAAUAGAUUUCAAACUUUUUCUCAUUCAUUAGGAAGGGUUAUGAUUUGUAAUUAAAUAUCUGGGGCUGUGUAUCCAGAGGAAUUCUGGGGUGAUGUUCUAAAAUUAGAAGAAUCACAAUGGAAAUAAAUAGAAUGUUGUUUUUUUCGGAUUAUUCCACCUAAAUUGUAUUUAUACAUAUCUGUAUAUUCAUACCUGUGUGUUCGUGUUUGCAUGUUGUACCUAACUACGCACAUUUGUUCUAAAGGGUCUCAUGUACUUCAACAACAAGCUGAAGAUCAUAGAAAGGCGGCAGCAGAAGAUUAAGGACGUGAAGGGGAAAUAUGAACUACUGAAGGAGGAACUAGAAGAGACAAAAACAAGGUUGAUGAUGGAUCCAAAUAAGUGGAGAGGACAAUGUAAGUAUCUGCUUUCAUCCGUUAGACUUGCAUUUGGCUUAAUGCGGUAAUGUCAAAAUCAGCUAGACACGGUUUCGAAGAAUUUCUACAAAAAUUACAUAAGCCCACAUUUCUCAAUCAUUUCAUUUUAAAAAUGGAAGUGCUGUAGGGUGAACUUGAGGAUUUAUUUCCAUGUUUAAUUUGGCCAAAAAGGAGACUUGUGUUUCUGAGAGUAUGGUUGGCGGUGGGAUUAGGGACAGCACCAUGGAUAGAAUUAUUAUUUUUUUGGGGUGUUUUUUUAUUUAUGUAACAGACAAAAACUUCAAGAGCCGUAUAAUCAAGAAAGAAAUGUAUUGGUCUUCAGCAGUGAAAGAAACCCUGUUCAAUAUGCACCAAUAACCACCCUUAAAGUAGAUAAAUACUGCAGGUGGCGUAAUUACAGCUAAUAAUAUGUUAGACCAGUGGUGGGCAACCUUCGGCACUCCAGAUGUUGUGGACUUCAUCUACCAUAUUGCACUUACAGCCAUAAUGCUGACAAAGCAUCAGCACCCAACAUCUGUAGCGCCAAAAGUUGUCGACCCCUGAACUAGGAGAUGGUCUAAAUACGGCUAUAAGAGAGGAGGUUACUCGUUGAGAGUAUCACCCUCAAUUACAAAGACAGCAGUAAGCCUAGGAAGGGAAACACUUGUCCAAUCACAUUAUUAGCGUCAUAAGAAAUUUCUUACAAGAAGAAGAAGAAAAAAAAACACAGAUGUAUAUUGUAAAUAAAUCAAAGUCUCUAACGCGUAAUCGGUAAGAUAACUGGUUUCAGCCAAAGUGCCUUUGUCCUUGGAUAAUGGAUAAACAUAUAUGCGAACAAACAUGACUCAUUCGUUAUGAUAUAUUUUUCUAAGAAAUCUUUUGGUUUCCAGACACUUAGGUUGAUUAACCAACAGUAUGGGGGCAGUUAAAGUGUUAAAAAUGAGACUAUAGUAAUUAGCAGUCCCUGAGAGCAGAAUUUUUCCUCUUCAACAUGCUCUUUUUGUGACUAUUUCAAUGCAAUCCACAGGGUUACUCACUUUCAGUUUUCAACAAUUCUCAUUUUAUUGAAUACCUUUGCAAAUUUCCAUUUAUUUACUUUGUUGUUUUUAUUUUUUUUUCUGAUCAACAGUUGACUUGGACCUGACUCUUGAUGCAGAGUCUCAGGAGUAUUUGGAGAUGCUAGAACAAAUGACAGAUGAUCUUGAACUGUGUGUUAACGUAUGCAAGUCUCAUGUCAUGAUGGUGACCUGUUUUGACAUUGGGAUCAUCUCUGAUCAGCAAGAUGGAGGAAGAGAAGUGGAAGUUUGAAGAUUUGGAUAGAGCAUUGAUGGUAGAUCACAUCGAGCGAAUACAGCAGAGGUUUGGUUGGAUCAAUGCACCGUUUAAAAUAAAUGGACAUGCGUUACUGUGUAGACCUUGUGAUAAUACACAUCACAUUCACUACCAGACCCUAUAUUCCAUAUUUUAAGACGUGCCUUGAUCCUGUCCCUCUUUGUAUAAAACUCAAAGAUAGGUAACAAGAAAAAGAAAUGCUCAUCUCUGUAGGUGGAGAAGAAUAAAUUAACAUCAGGAUAAGAACAUUUGGAUGGUUAAGUAUUGUGCGAAAAAUGUACAUUGGAAUGUGAUAAUGUAAAAUUGCAAAGAAUGUUAUUGGAUUGAUACCGAUGAUGAAUUGUAAUGUUCUAAAUCAACAUGGUGCCUCGAACUUAACUAUACAAGAUGACGUUUUACCCUCCAAGUGCCAGAGUGGUAGUGAUCAGCUUUCUGGCGCCCUACGGGCAGCCUAGUGCAAUUCAGUGAAUAGUAGGACCCACUGGGGCAGGAUAGAUUAGAGAGGAUAACAGAGAAAGUCUUAAAAGGGAGAUAAAAAAAAAAAAAAGAUAUACAAAAAAAAAAAAAACCCCAACAGAAGUGCCUUCUUUUCCGAAUACUUUUUCUUAUUUUAUUUGGUGCUAAAAAUGUAAAAGCCAGCAAACCUAAGCAGACCCUUAUGUAUCACCAUGAAAUAUUUUAUACUGUACAGUAUAUGUAUAAUAACAUGUAAAAACAUUUUAGAAGGAGCAAUAAGUAAAUUAUGGUUUCACACCUGAAUUUGCCUUCUGAUUUCAUGGAAAAAGCUGUUUUAUACAGCAAUCCUGUAAAAUACGUUUCCUUUCUAUAAAUUCAAGAUAUUUUUUAUGACGUUAUCUACUACUAUGAAAAUGAAUCAUAACUUUCAGAUUUGGGUUUUAUGCUCCAUUCUAAGCAAAGGUGGUGUUUUGUUUUUUUUUUGUUUGUUUUGUAAGAGAAUUACAAAUGUUGACCAAUACAUCAUAGAUAUAUGUAUGUCUUAAAUGGUCUUCAAAGUUCUCAUCUACAAUUAUACAAUAAGAUGAGUUGUUAAUCUUUUUCUUCUAAGUACAGUUUUUUGCAUUUUUUUGUACUUUCAUUUUUUUACAGUUUUUUCAGGAAGGCAAAACCUCAGGGUAAAUUUCUACACGCUGCAUGUAAUGUGUGCAUUUUUUUUUUGUAAAGGGUUGCUGUAUGAUUGCCAAACACUGCGAAAGGUUUACGUGCGUAUGUAAUAUUGCAUUUCAUAUAGAGUCAUAUUUUCUAAUCAUUUUGUUUUUAUAUGGGGUUUACAAAACCUUUGUAUAAAUGUAUAAUACUUUCCUCUAGCUUUUUUUCUGUGAAUAAAAGGUGCAUUUAUUAAUA